CUAUUGUGAGCUAAAGUUGAAAAUUCCACUUUAGUGAAUUCACCUCAAAGUGUUAAUUUUCUUUUAUAGACAUUACAUUUAUCAGUUUUUAUUUAUUUAAAAUAACGAAUACCUUAUAUUUUUCCAGUGUAUAUACAACAACCUGAUACUGCAUUGUAAUAUUUUUGUUUCAAGGUUUAAUUGAAAUAAAGUAAUUAGUGGAGGGACAGUCAUUUCCAUUGUGGAUUCCUUAAAAAUCUCAGUACACUUGUCUCCCCAGUGUUUCCAGAAUUCAAAUUGCCUUUUACAGAUUGUAUAAAGAUUUGUAAGACCACUACAGGUAUAUGCAUUAAUGCUGGUCAUUGAAGGAAAUUUUAUUAAUAUUGCAACAAAUAAAGAGAGCUACAAGCACAGGUUAGUAUGCAGAUUUUAGAAUAAGAGGCAUGGACGAGUUAGAGAAGGUAUCUAAAUCAGUUUUAGGGUUUAAACAAUGCUUCUAAGUGAAUAUACCUCCUUGUUAUUUUGAAUGUGUGUAUGUAUAUUGUAUUAAUGUUUGUUUUCAAGGUUAUAAAAAACAAAAAGAUUAAGAAGAUGAUAUGUAAAUGCCAACAUCAAUAAUAAUAAUUACAAUACUAAUAUAAAAGGGAAUUUAAAAAUUAAUUAAAAUUUGUAGAAUUAAAAUAAGUGACUUAUUUGGUUACUUUGGCCUCAAUACACACUGCUAUUAAACAUCUGUGUAAAUGUAGAAAUCUGUUGCAGAUACGUAUAUGUAGUAUAAGUAUAUCAUAAAUUAUUGGGAUCUCAUUCACUAGACUGUGUUCACUGCAAACUUGAAAACUAUAUUUCAUAAGAGUUGGAAAAAACCCUUCUACUUGUCUGAGUUUGAAUGUGAUUAUGUUAUUUUCUAUUUUCCAAUUUAGUGUUAAUGUAAGAUUGUAUCUUACUUCAACUCAUUGUUUAGUGAAUGAAUCUCUUCUCUAUCUACAGAAAAGUGAAACUGCAUUUUUGGCACAUGAUGACAUGUAUCAAUGAGCUUGAUUGGCUAGUGGUCUAGGCCUGUAUGGAUAUGCUGUAUGGAUAUCACAGUUUAUACUAGACUUGUCUAAGUGGUUUUGAUUCAAUUGCAAUUCAUUCUACUUUAUGCUGAUUUACAUUUUCAAUGCAUUUUAUGGACAUAUAACUGGGCAAACAUCUGGCACCAAACAUGGUUAUUUGAUUUAGUUUUUAAUGUCCGCCUGUGGUGACCCCCAAAAAUCUACUUUUUUACAUUUUUAUAUUUAAUAAAUAUAUAUAAUAGAUAAAUAUAUAUUUGUUCUUAAUACUGCUCCUCCAUUUCCUUCUAUUCGUUACCUUUUCUGACCUAAUCAGUAAACCAAAUGGUUUGAAAAUGUAUCAACCAGUUUACUAUAAAAUAUGUAGAUAACAUUUAUAUUAUGUAGAUUCUUGAAAAAUACAGGUUGCACAGAUAUGAUGGGGGAUUGUAAUAAUUUGUGAAUUAUAAAAGCUCCACUGAUAUGAUAGGUGAAUUGUAUUAUUAUUGCAUGAAUCAUACAGGUUCCACAGAUAUGAUGGACUGAUAGCAAAUUCAAUUACUUGUGAACACACUUUCAAAAGGAAGAUCACACUAUUUUAAUGAUCAACCAACUUUUGUGUAAAAAUACUAAUAUACAUGUGUGAACCCUUUUAGUGAUGGCAUCCAAUACUCAUGUCUACUGAGGCUCAUAUACUCACUUGUCUGUGGAAUAGGUAGUAAAUAUAUGUAUGCUUCCUGAUUUAUUUAUUUAUUUGUCUCAAUAAAAGUUGAGUUUUCCAUACACAAUUAUUUUAAUGAUGUGACUGUUCAGUGAUAUCGUUUUGUUAUUCUGGCACUUCUGUUAUGUAAAUAUAUAGGUAAAUCCAAGGUGCUUGCACUCCAGGUAUAUAAUGACUGUGAUGCCCAGUGCGAUUCCAGCAAAAAAAAAAAAAUGUAUUUUGUAUAUAAAUUAAAAGUUACAUUUUACUUUACAAAGACCCUGGAGUGCAUUCCGGUUUUUUUUGACACCUAUAUUUAGAAGUAACAACAAUGUAUCAAAGGUACAUUGUUGCUCCUUAUAUGUAUAUAUAUAUAUACAUUGCAAUAAUAAUGUUCUAAUGAAAAUUGUAUCAAAAUUAAAUCACACACAUCAAUUAUGUCACAAAAAUGAAUUGUUGGAGAAAUUUGCAAUUCAAAUCUAAGAAAAAAAUGCCCUUUCUCUGCACAAUAUUUAUACAACAGUUCUUUCUCUCACCAGUAGUAAUUGCCUUCACAGAGUAUGUAGUUGGUAAUUUACUGUGCCUGGGUAGUGAUUAUAAGUACAACAUAACUCCUUUAAUCAUUGAACACUUUUUUUCAUAUAUUAUAUUCAUAUAAUUAGUAAUAUAAUUUUCAUAUAUUAUAUUCAUAUAAUUAGUUAUUUUACGGCUGAUGGAAGAAAGCCUGUUAUUACCUUUCUCUUGAUUACUUAAAACUUUUCUUUUGCCAGUUCAGUGGGGUUUCUAGACAGGACAGGAUAUGUGUUUUCACUUUGAGUAAAAGUAUAGUUACAUGGUAUUAGUUUGCUCAAUUAGAUCUUUUUGUUGUAACUACAUUAUCCAAGAGAAUCUUGAUUACAUUACCAGUUGUUUACUGUUACAUGAAUUUUACGGUAAAAUGUUUCAUUCAAACAUUUUCAAACUCUCUACACAACACUGCUAUUACCUACCUAUCCUCCCUAAUACACAAGUUUGUCUCAUCCAGGACCCUACGCUAUGCUAAUGACCUGCGGCUGUCCUCUGGUUGUACUCAUAGAUUUGGUGCUCAUCUUCAAGAUUUCUCUAGGGUUGUUCCAUGCUCUGUUAGACUGUCACCCAGUCUCCAUCCCUUCAAAAAAAUCAUUAAAAACUCCCUUCCUUAUAAAGACAUAUCAAUUAAACUGUUAAUAUCUUUCCUGCCCGCACUUUGGUAACCUACCUUGCUUUGUCUCCUGAAACUGUCUCAUCCCCCCAAAAAAGCUUUAAUUGAAAACCAUUCUAGCAACCUACUUUUCCCAUACAUGAAAUGCAAUCUACCCUUGCCUACUAUGUCACUUUACCCCACUGCCUCUAGAAUGUAAGCUCAUUUGAGAAGGAACCUCAACACCCUCCGUUGCAGAGGGUCCAAAUCAUCUUGUUACAUAGUUCACCUAUUGUGCAGUUCUGUGGAAUUUGUUGGCCCUUUAUUAAUAAUAAUAUAAUAAAAAUAAAUAUAUUGUUAAUAUGAUUAAUAUACUAUUUAAUAUUGUUAUUUAGCAUAUAAGCCCUGAUGCCAUAUACAUACCUGCUGAGGAUUGCAAAUUUGCUGAGUUUAGUCUGUCCAUACUGUGUUUCCAUUUUUUAGAAGUAACAACAAUGUAUCAAAGGUACAUUGUUGCUCCUUGAUACAGAUACAUGUUAUCUCACUCACAUUACAAGCGCUCAGCUAUUUUAAUAAGCUCUAGACUUUGGUGUAAACCAGUGCGUAAAUGUUUUAAAGAAUUCACCUCCAUACACCUCACCCAAUCUGCUAUUUUUAUAUCAAUCUCUUGGUCUUGGCAUUUCCCAUAUUUUUGGCUUACUUUAAAGUUGGUUUGUUUAGCUUUCCACAGUGGAUUUUAGCUUGUCUAUGUAACUUAUUACUAGACCUGCACACGUGUUGAACCAAAGAGCUUCAUAUCAUUGAUCAGUGCUUCCAAGAUCCAAAGAUGGCAAGUUUCCCAAUAUUCACUAGACACAUAUGAAAUAAAUCUGGGUGCACAAAAUCCAUAAAGCAUAGACUUUAAUAGGAACUCAAAGUUACACAGAUAACACUUUGGUUGCACAAUGUGGUCUUUUUUAAAGACCAUUGUGACGAGACCAAUCUCGCCACAUUGCAUUGGAGAAGCCUGGUUGCUCGCCUGCUGCCUUUGGACUAUGGCCCCCUGUUAAAAGACAUCUUUUUUACCUGCAGAAAAGCUUAAUUCGUGCUUUUCUGCCUGGGGUUCGGUAGAUUUGUUUGAAUGUGUUAUACCCCAGAUAGGAAUCCCAUGGAGCCCAUUCGUAUGAAACUGACUGUAAAGACUUUGGCUCCAUGGCGAUUAAACUGUAUUUGUGUGGUCUGAGCGCCAUUCACCUAAUAAUGUGCACUCAGACCUGAGCUAUCUGGGGAUAUGUUACAUGUCUGUGUUUUAUGUAAUAAAUGUUACUUUAUGUAUUUUAAAGUAUAAUACUGGUUUUGUGUCCCCACAUGUGUAAUGGAGUUUUGCCUUUGUCUUGGGAGAUAAUUGAGUUACUUCUCAAUUAUCUCUCAGGGCAGAGGGGAGGAAGCCAGGAUGCAUUGUGGGAAUAUACUGUGACUGUGUGUCCUAUUUGUCUACUUGUCUGUCCCUUGUCACAGUCUCCCAUUUGGUCCCCUAGGGGAGUGUCCACCAGGUGGGAGACCUGCAUAAAAGCCGGGCAGGUAGCCCUCAUUAAACAGACCAUUGCUUGACCCUCAACACAGAGCCUUGUCUCGUCUUUGGGGGGAUUUACUGUAUGCUGCUAAGGACUGAUUGCCAGGAGUGUAAGCCGCCUGGGAGCUUUUCCUGUUCGUCUGGUAGCAGCAAUUUGUAUGGUUCCUGUUCGUGUAUUUGGAGUGCUACCUUAUUCCCUUGUAUGCCAUUCGGGAGUUUGGAGCAUUCACUUGUAUGCAGUUUGAGUGUUUGGACCAUUCCCUUGUAUGCAAUUCGAGUGUUUGGAGCAUUCCCUUGUAUGCCGUUCGGGAGUUUGGAGCAUUCACUUGUAUUUAGUUCGUGAGUUUUGGUGAUUCUACAGUAGCUGUGCCUGUCUCUGAAAGGGGAUUAUCGUCUAAGCGGUUUUUUCCCCUUUUGUGCAAAACGGUCCGUUACAACCAUAGUGUGUGAAUAAAACAUUGUCAUUGUAACUAGGAGUAAAGAAUAAAGUCUGUGCUUUAAGAAUGUAUCACUUGCGUGUCUGUCACCUAUUACAUCUUAAAUAAAAAAUGGUGCAUGUACAGCAACUGACACAAAUGUUGCAAUCAAAUGUAGAGAUUAUCCAAGAGAAUACUUCUCAUAUGGAAGCAUUAGACUAAAGAGGUGAAUAUUUUAUUUUUAAUUUUAAUGUAGUAGAGGAAUGUUUGUCUUUUUGACAUUUAUAGACCUUUAGCUUCUCUUGUGUAAGCUUAAUAGCCAUACUGCUAACACUUUCAGUUAGCUAAAAUAUUUAAGAAAUAUAUAGUAAUAGGUGACUUAUUAAGGAACCUCAACUGAAAAUGAUUAAAAGAAAAUUACAACUUUCUGUUAAUCUCAGCCAACCAUUUGCUGCUGUUUGUAAAUUAAAGGAUUAUGGGUGAUUUAACCGGAUAAGAACUGAAGAGCCAAUAUGUAAAUACUUUUGGUCUGAUGAUUUUCUUCCUUUACCUCCUUUGUAGGAUAUGCUGGAAGUCAACCAGACAGUGGUGACAGAAUUCCUGCUUUUGGGAUUUCAGAACCUCAGGAUAUUUAACAUUAUGCUAUUUUUAGUAUUUCUUGUAAUAUAUAUGUUGACAUUGGGAUUCAAUCUUCUGAUUAUUUCAUUGGUGGCAAUGUUUCAAAAUUUGAAAUCUCCCAUGUAUUUCUUUCUCAGUCACUUAUCACUGUGUGAUAUCUUACUCACCACAAAUAUAACUCCAAACAUGCUUCAAAUUACAAUUACCGGAGGUAGCACAAUAUCCAUUAAGGGCUGCAUAACACAAUUUUACUUCUAUGGCGCAUCAGCAACAACUGAGUGUCUUCUUCUCACGGUGAUGUCCUACGACCGAUAUGUAGCCAUCCUCAAUCCAUUGCGUUACACGUCUGUCAUGGACUCCAGACUUUAUCACCAUCUUGCUCUAUGGUCAUGGAUUUUAUCAUGUACAAUAUCAUUAGUUAUUGCUUGUCUAAUACAUACAUUAGUAUUCUGCGGUCCCCAUGUAAUUGACCAUUAUUUCUGUGAUUUUGCCCCCCUUGUGGAGUUAUCAUGCUCUGAUUCUACUGUAGUUGAAAUGGUAGAUUUUAUAUUGUCAAUACCAUUCAUUAAUUUUCCUUUGUUCUUCAUCAUUUAUACAUAUGUAACAAUUUUUAUCACCAUCUUUAGAAUUCCCUCAAACAGUGGGAAACAGAAGGCUUUCUCCACCUGUAGCUCUCACUUGAUUGUAGUGAGCACAUACUAUGGGACUCUGAUUACAAUAUAUAUGACUCCUUCUAAAGGGCAAUUGUUUAAUGUAAAUAAGGUUCUAUCACUUUUAUAUACCAUGGGAACUCCAUUUAUCAAUCCAAUUAUUUAUAGUCUUAGGAAUCAAGAGAUAAAGGAAGCUCUAAAGCAUUUUAUUGAAUCUCUAACAUUAUCUAUUACAGUGUCUCUAACCUAAAUCAUGCUCUAUAAACUGCCUUAAACAGUGUACAUUCUGUUUUAUGUUGGAACCACAUAGAAAGUGGAUACAAAGUUCUGAGGGGCUUAUGUGCAAAUUCCUUACUUAAUUCCUUAAGUGUAAACAUAGCAUACUGUAUAAGUUAACUGUGAAAAGCUGAUUCACUUAUCAUUAAUGGUUAACACGUGCUCUAAUCUUCCUUAGGAUAACAAUGUUAAAUAGUUUAAUUCUCACUUCCAGUCUCACGGAGCAGUCACAUGGAGUGAGAGCUCCGAGACCGGAAUGGCCAAAAGAGACAAUUUAAAGCAGCUUUGGGACCUAAAACUGACCCGACAGAUUAAGGCAGGGACAAACAUAUGUAUGCAGGGACUUCAACUGCAUACGUGACCCAGACCAUGACAGAUCAGGCACCCCAGGCUCCCAUCUCCGCUUCGCCUCUAUUAGUGACAAGCUCUGUGCCCUCUUACACACCCUAGGCCUUCACUACACGAGGCGCUCCCUAUACCCAGCUACCAGGGACUUUACUUUCCACUCGAAAGUCCACGACCAGUAUUCUCGCAUAGACAUUUGCCUGGUGGAUGUGAAGUCCCUGGACACCCUGGCUAAAGUCACCAUUGACCCUAUCACCUGGUCAGACCACGCCCCCUUACUGUCCUCAUUCACCACAUUACACCCGGAGUGGGGACGAGGCACAUGGCGCCUCAAUGAGUCGCUUAUAGACCGCACUGAACAGGUUGUAGAGGUGAGGAAAACCAUAGCGGAUUACUUUGCAAGCAACCAGCCCCAAGAUACAACCGUGGCCGUGACGUGGCUGGUCCAUAAGACUGUGGCGUGGGGGCUACUGAUUAAGGCAGGAGCAACACUAAAGCACAAACUAGUGGAGACUAGCAAUGCACUGCUCAGGGACCUGAAACUAGCUGAGGACCUCCACAAAUCCAUAUGGGAAGUUAAUAAGAUCAGGGCUGACUUGGAGACUCAUCAACUCCAGCAAGGGCUCUCCGCAAACUCAAAAGUGAUUACUAUAGACAAGGGAACAGGGCAGGGAAAUUGCUAGCUGCCCAACUUAAAGAAAAAAACACUCAGAUGCGGAUACCAUACUUAGUAGACAGCACUGGGAUGAAACUGACAAACCCCAAAAUGAUAGAUGAAUUUGCAACUUUCUACGGUGCCGUUUACAACUUAGCGGAGGACCCCCUACAACACCAGCCGAUCCCUCUGGAGAUAGCCGCCUACCUAGACGGGGUGGGGCUCCCCCAGCUCUCUAGCGACCAAGCCUCACUACUCAAUAGCCCAAUCAACCCUGAGGAAAUCUCGCACUUAGGGAUACCCCACGACAUAAAGCCCCAGGACCGGACAGUUUCUCCACCCACUACUACAAAGUCUUUGCGGACCAGCUCCUCCCACACAGUACCUCCCUGUUUAACAACAUCAUGGAGUCAGGAUCCAUACCCUCUGAAAUGCUGGAGGCCACUAUAAUUACCAUUCCCAAGUCAGGCAAACCCACAGAAUAUUGUGCAAAUUACCGCCCUAUUUCGCUAAUUAACGCAGACACAAAGUUAUUUGCCAAGGUCCUAACAGGAUACGCCCCCUCCUGUGUACGCUUGUCUCCCCAGAACAAUCGGGUUUCAUCCCGGAGCGCCAGGGGGAGGAUAACACCAGGAGGGCGCUGGACAUAAUGGAGCUUAUGACAGUACAAAAGACGCAGGGACUGUUAAUGGCUCUUGAUGCGGAAAAGGUUUUUUUGACCAGCUACAUGACGGAAGUCUUCCACAGAUUUAAAUUCCCCAACAAAUUCCUCAGUGGCCUGCUAUCAUUAUAUUUUUCCCCGGCAGCCACGGUUAUGAGCUCCAGUUUCACCUCCCGACGUUUUGCCCUGAUGAAUGGCACACGACAGGAAUGCCCACUAUUGCCCCUCAUUUUUAUCCUAGCACUAAAACCGCUACUACACAUAAUUAAACAGGAAUAGUGCAUCCCUUCGUCACUGGGUCCCCAAAAAAUAGCCGCCUAUGCUGACGACAUCCUCCUUUUCUUGACUAACCGGACAGACUCCCUAAAGCACCUCCUGAGCCUCCUUCAAAACUAUGGCCAAGUGUUCUACUAUAAAAACAAUGGGGCAAAAACCCAGGUGCUGCCCCUGAACAUGACCCACUUACAACUUACUGCUCUCCGAGCUCAACACCCCUUUGACUGGAGGAAAGACACUCUUUCCUACGUAGGCACAUGAUUAGCACCUUCACGACGCCUCCUACUCCGAAACAAACACGACACCUUACUGACUAAAAAAGAGGCACUGCUGGAGGGCUGGGGGGCCAAAAACACCUCUUGGCUGGGACAGAAAACUUCCAUCAAAAUGAUCAUACUCCCACAAAUACUAUUCCUCUUCAGGGCCCUCCCUAUUGAGCUCCCAAAGUCGCUACUGCAACGAUUCCAGCGUCUGCUAAAUGCACAUAUAUGGAAGAAGAAACCACCGAGGGUUUCUACAGCAAGCAUAACCCUGGCCAUGUGCGGUGGGGGAGUGGGUGUUCCCAACAUCACUAAAUACUACGUAGCCACAAACCUGUCCCAAACAGCACGGUUGUUACUGACCCCGAGACGCCCCCUUUGGUACCAUCUAGAAAGUGCAAUAAUUGCACCUCACAGCCUACUGGACCUACUGUGGGUCCCACCCAAGUCACACCCCCACAACUCUGACCUGCUAAUGGCCACCGGCUUAUCUCUCCGCACAUGGCACAAGUGGGCCCCAAAACUGUUAGCCAAACCUCUGUUGGCGUAUGCCCCCAUGACUAGCCUACAGUUCCUCACACAUGACCUGGCUCUAGAGAAAUGGACAGAGAGGGGGAUAGUGAAGGUAUCCCAACCCAUGGAGGGUAAGGAAAUUAGGCAGUUCCCAGAACUUCAGCAAACUUACCUCCUCCCUGGUAGGGAACUCUUUACGUAUCUACGUAUUAAGCACACACUACAGGGAGUUGUCUAAGCGGCGCCAGAUAUCCGAAGGCCAGACGUGCUUGACUCACUGUGUCACAACCACAAAACCGAAGCAAAACUGCUUUCCUAGAGGUAAACUAACCAGAUAAGUUGAGCUACAUUGUGCACUGGGAAACUGAACUCAACUACACACUGGGUGAGGGCAGAUGGUUAGCAGCAAUGGCACUCGUCAAAAAAGCCACGCAUUACCUGGAUCAUGUAGAAGCAGCUUACAAACUCUGGAUGAGGUGGUACCUCACCCCCCAGAGACUGGCCCUCAUAUACCCAGGUGCACAACAGAUGUGCUGGCACUGCAGCAAGCAAGUGGGUACUCUGAGUCAUGUCUUCUGGCAAUGCCCUGUAUUACACACCUUCUGGGGACAGGUGCAAUGUCUAAUACAAAGUAAGGAGGUCCCACUCACACCGGAGGCUUACCUGCUGCACAUGCUGCCCAAACCACUUUCGCAUCCUGAAGCGGUGCUUGCUACCCACAUCGCAUUAGCAGCCAUGCACUGCAUUGCCUCCCUCUGGAAAUCAACCUCAGCUCCAGAAAUAACGGCAGUAGUUAGUAGGGUGAACCACUCACAGCAAAUUGAGAAAAUAGCACACACUAUCCAGGGCACAAUAGCAAGGUACGACCUGAUUUGGUCCAAAUGGUGAACGGAGCCCAACAGCACUCUUAGACCCGAAGUUCACCCCACCCCAGAUGAACAGGGCAGGAAAAUAACGGAGUAACCCACCCAGCUUCAACUCCACAGGGGUAAACAGAGCUGAAGGAAUGGGCCCAAGCGAACCAACACGGAACCUACUCAGGGGAAGCAGCAUCUCGACCCCCUCCUUGCCUUUACCAGGUUAUUACCCCCCCACCCUUCUUUUGCAACUCAGUCACCCACAGCAACAAAUCCUGCUAGACCUGUCAAAGUUACACUUUCGACUAAAGGAGGGCCUGGAUGUAAAUGCCAUACCUCUGACAAUAUAAGAUUCCCCAUUUCCAAUAUGACUGGGUCCUGCAUGUCUUGAAAGGGUUAUAAUGUAGCCCACCCUGUGGAAUAUGACUGCAUUGUAUCAUUGUAUCAAUGUCAUUAUGUUUCUACUGUUUUAUGGUUGCAAACACUGUUGUGAAAGACUGUGUAAAGAUGGUGAUGAACCAAAUAAUAAAAAACGAAAUAUUAAAAAAAAAAUAGUUUAAUUCUUUGUUACAAUUUAACCCCUAAAGAUAGAGGCAAAUGUGCAUGUUCUAAUCAAAACAAAACCUGGAAUUUACUCUAUAAGUUUGUUCAACCAUAAUUUACCUCUUUCAUAGUAAGGUCCACCCACAUUUUUAUAUAUCAUAUUGUUGAGGAGAAACAGGCCUUUUAUUUCACAUCAAAUAGUGAAACAUAAUUUAUUAUGAAGUCUAGAAAAGUGCGAGAAAUUAAGACAUUUUAUUAUUUUCUCAGUGCUGCUAUGCAUUUUAUCUGUGAAUGUCAUAAAACUGUUAGUUUUUACUGCAAUAAAAUACAUAUAUUUGUUUUCUGUAAUGUUUUUCAACCCUCUGUUGUCUGUCACUCAGCCACUGCCUUACCCAUUCAAUAAUAUUAGAAUCCAAACUUAAAGAUUGCAUUUUAUUGAUAAGCCGUCUAUGUGCAACAGUGUCAAAAGCCUUACUGAAAUCUAGGUAAGCAAUGUCUACUGCACCACCCUGAUCUAUUAUUUUAGUUACCCAAUCAAAAAAUCAAUAAGAUUAGUUUGGCAUGAUCUCCCUGAAGUAAACCCAUGUUGUCUCUGAUCUUGAAAUCCAUGUGAUUUUAGAUGUUCAACAGUCAUAUCCUUUAACAUGGUUUCCAUUACUUUCCCCACUACUGAAGUAAGGCUUACUGGCCUAUAGUUGCCCGACUCCUCCCUACUAACUUUCUUGUGAAUAGGCACAACAUUCGCUAACUUCCAAUCUUCUGGAACUACUCCUGUUAACAAUAAUUGGUUAAAUAAAUCUUUUAAUGGUUUUGCUAGUACACCACUAAGCUCUUUUAAUAACUUUGGGUGUAUUCCAUCAGCAGGCCCGGACUGGCCAUCGGGCAUACUGGGCAAAUGCCCGGUGGGCCGCGAUGGCCGUGGGGCCGAGGCCGGCAGGGGAGAUCACAGGAUCUCCCCGGCCGGCUCCUGCAGGGCCAGCACUACCCGAGCGCCGGCCCUGCUGUGUGUCUCCAUGGGCUGGUGGGGAGAUCAAAGAUCUCCCUUUACCGGCCCAGAGACACUUCCAGGCGGCCGCUUGCUGGGGUGUGAGGGAGGGAGGAGAGGACCGGCGGAGCUCUAUCCAGCAGCUCCGCCGGGUCCUCUCGCGGGAUUCUGAGCGUUGCCGCGGUUACCGCGGCAACGCUCAGAUCUCGCGAGAGUGAACUCUAGCCUACAGGCUAGAGUUCACGCUCACCACUAGGACCACCAGGGAUCAGGCAGCAUGGCUCUCCCAUGGCAGAACGGCUCCCCCCCGUCCCAGGCAAAACGGUUCCCCCCCCUCCUCCCAGGCUAAAGGUAAGAAGGGAGGGGGGGGGAUAUAACUUUUUUUUUAAUUAUUAUUAUUAAUAAAAAAAUUAAAUAAUUAAUUUAAAUUAAAAAAUCACACUCACACACACACAUCACCCCCAGACACACACAGCACCCCCAGACACACACAGUACCCCCAGACACACACAUCACCCCCAGACACACACAGUACCCCCAGACACACACAUCACCCCCAGACACACACAUCACCCCCAGACACACACAGCACCCACAGACACACAGCACCCACAGACACACAGCACCGAGACACACACAGCACCCAGACACACACAGCACCCCCAGACACACACAGCACCCCCAGACACACACAGCGCACUCAGGCACACAGCACCCUCACUCACACACAGCACCCUCAGACAGACAGCACCCUCGCUCACACACACAUAUAUAUAUAUAUAUAUAUAUAUAUAUAUGUGUGUGUGUGUAUAUAUAUAUAUAUAUAUAUAUAUAUAUAUAUAAAAUAACCCUCAGUGAGUUAACAAAGAAAAUUAGAAUGUGAGGGCAGAUAAAAACACCCUCACACACAGCACCCCUCUUACAUACACACACACUGCGCCCCUCACACACACAUACAAUACAUCCAAAUAUAUAUAUAUGUAUGUGUAUAUAUAUAUAUACACACACACACACACACUACAGCACUACAUACAUUACGCUCCAGAUAAACGCUAGAUCCCUUACCUUAUAUGCACUCUUAAUCCUCUAUACACACACACACACACACACAAUCUCCUAUACACAAUCUGGGUCCUUUACACACUAGAUCUCCUACACACACACUGCACCACCUACACACACACUACAUUCCUUGUCAGCAAACACAUACAACAUUCUCUAAACACACCCUCUCUACAACCCCUACACACACUAUGUCACCUAUACACACACACUACAGCCCGUAUGCACACACUCGCUACAUCCCCUAUAACACUAUGCCCCCUAUACACACACUCUCUACAGCCCCUAGCCACACAAAUUACACCACAAAAACAAAUUAAAUUGACCUAUUUACACAAUACCAUACCACACUCAACACACACAUGCAAUCCCACAAGCAGGCUCCAAACACAUGCACCAUACACUUUCCUGGCCCUUUUGUCCUCUGGUAUCCCACUUGUUGAGACACCAGAGACAAUUUAAAAGCAAGCACAGCGCAAGCAUGUUAUUAAAUUUGCUUGCGCUGCGCAGAACAAAUACAGGGCCUUUUUCUAAUGCAAGAGCUCUUCAGCGCAGCUCUGCGCAUUGAACCAACAUGCUCACUUUGAGAGGGGGCGUGCUUGUCAUUAGUGAUGACAAAACACACCCUCUCUGGCCCCGCCCCCUUCUUAGGGGGCCGCUCUGAUUGAAAAAUGCCCGGGCCUAAUUUUUUUCCCAGUCCGGCCCUGACCAUCAGGUCCCAUUGACUUAUUUGUCUUUACUUUUGACAGUUGAAAUAGAACCUCUUCCUCUGUAAACUCACGUGUAAUAAAUGACUCAUUUAUCCUUUUUCUCAACUGAGGUCCCUUUCCUUCAUUUUCAUCUGUAAAUACAGAACAAAAAUAUUCAUUGAGGCAGUCAGCUAGACCUUUAUCCUCUUCUGCAUUCCUUCCUUCUUUUGUUUUUAAUCUAACUAAUCCUUGUUUUACUUUUCUUUUCUCAUUUAUGUAUCUAAAAAAAAUUUUAUCCCCCUUUUUUACUGACUGUGCUAUUUUCUCUUCUGUGUGUGAUUUGGAAGCUCUUAUAACUUGCUUAGCCUCUUUCUGCCUAAUCUUAUAGAUCAUUUUGUCUUCCUCAUUCUGUUUUUUUUUAUAAUUUCUAAAUGCUAACUUUUUUGUUUUUAACUAUUUUGGCCACAUUUGUGGAGUACCACAGUGGUUUCUUGAAUUUUUUGCUUUUACUGACAAGCCUAAUGCAAUUUUCUGUUGCCUUCAAUAGUGCAACUUUGAAAUAAUCCCAUUUCUCUUGGACUCCAUUUAAAUUGCUCCAGUCUGAUAAUGACUCUUCUACCCAUAUUCUAAUUUUAGAAAAGUCUGUUUUUCUAAAGUCUAAAACUUUUGGUUUUGUGUGGUGUGACUCAGUCACUGUUCUAAUAUUAAACCACACUGACUGAUGCUCACUGGAUCCUAAACUUUCACCUACAGUAAUAUCUGAUACCAAAUCUCAAUUUGUUAACACUAAAUCUAGUAUGGCCUAGUAUGGAAAAGGUUACUGAUUGCACAAGGUUUGAAUUCCUGUUGGUAAUUAUAAGGCAUUUGAUUUGAUUAAGCUAGUUACUUGCUGUUGAUUGCUGGUUAAUUAGCUAUUGUUUGCAAAUAAGCAGAGGCCUACCCAGGUGUUAAACAUUCCUAGUGGGCGGUGAUUUUAGGAGUUAUAUAAGGCCUGGUGUCAUUAGCUUGUCUAAUAUAGCUUGGUGCUACUUCAAAGUGCUGUUUCUAAGUGUGUAGUUGGAGAUAUUCUGGAGAGUUUUACAGAAGCUUCAACUGUCUAAGAGUUGUGCUAAGAGCUUUCUUUUCUACUGUUACAGGUAAGAUUCAUCUGUAGGAAAAGGUUACUGAUUGCCCAAGGUUUGAAUUCCUGUUGGUAAUUAUAAGGCAUUUGAUUUGAUUAAGCUAGUUACUUGCUGUUGAUUGCUGGUUAAUUAGCUAUUGUUUGCAAAUAAGCAGAGGCCUACCCAGGUGUUAAACAUUCCUAGUGGGCGGUGAUUUAAGGAGUUAUAUAAGGCUUGGUCUCAUUAGCUUGUCUAAUAUAGCUUGGUGCUACUUCUAAGUGUGUAGUUGGAGAUAUUCUGGAGAUAACCUGGAGGUAAUCUGAGGUAUUCAGGAGGAUAAAGAAAAAAGUUAAGAUUUGUUAGAUUUAAAUUAUUCUCAUAAUUGGAAUGGCAGACUUAGUUCAGUGUAACAAUUGCUAUGCAUUUGUUUCACGUUCCACUUUUUGGAGGUUUGGUUGUUGUCUAAUCUGUAGACAGUUCUCUAUCUUGCGGCAGGAGAUUGUAUUUUUGAAGUCUGAGAUUUGUAAAUUAUCUGGUGAAGAAACUCAGACUGGAACUGCUGCAAAGCCACUGCCGCAGAGACAUGCUAGGAAAGGCAGAUGGAUUACUGUAGGAUCUGGUAGACUUAGAGUUGUGGAUAAAAGGCAUUUUGCACAGUCUGUUGCUCUUCAUAAUUCAUUUUCUGCACUUUCAGAGUGUAAUGGUGUUGUGGAGAGAGGCACUGAGGCUAGUGGUGUUGUGGAGAGAGGCACUAAGACUAGUGGUGUUGUGGAGAGAGGCACUAAGACUAGUGGUGUUGUAGAGAGAGGCACUGAGGCUAGUGUGUUGUGGAGAGAGGCACUGAGGCUAGUGGUGUUGUGGAGAGAGGCACUGAGACUAGUGGUGUUGUGGAGACUGGCUUGGAGACUAUGGUGAGGCCUAAUAGAAAGCAGUUGUUGUUGGGUGAUUCCAUUAUAAGAGGUGUGGAGAUGGACAAUGGUGGUCUUGUGAGGUGUCUUCCCGGAGCUACUGCUCACAGAGACAGGAGGCGUAUCUGUAAUAUUGUUAAGCAAGCAAAGCAGGAAGGGGAAUUGGAUGUACUUGUCCAUCUAGGGACAAAUGACUUGGCUUGCAAUGAGGUUUCAGAGGUUAAGGAAGUUUUUAGUGUUUUUGCCAAUGAUAUACGGCAGGUUGCUUCCACACUGUCAUUCUCUGAAGUUCUGCCUGUGCAUAACACUCAGAACGACAGGCAGAUGCGUAUUAGGGACUUUAAUUUGUGGCUUGGUGAAUGGUGUCGGGAGCAAGGAUUUGGCUUUAUUUCUCAUGGUAGCUCUGUUUGGAAUGGAGAUAAGCUGUACAAAAAAGAUGGUUUGCAUCUUUCUCAAAAGGGAACAAAUGUUCUCAGUGAGCAGUUCAGAGGUUUUGCUAGGAUGUAUUUAAACUAGGAGGGGGGGCAAAAGGGUGAUAAAACAUCAAUCCAAUUGUCCCCCAAAACAAGGACAGAAGGUGCCUGUAGCAAGUGUGUUAAACAAUGAUAAGCUUAGAGUCAUGUCUACAAAUGCUCGCAGUUUAGGGAAUAAGAUCCAUGAACUUGUGGCAAUAAUGGCAACUGAUAGUGUAGAUUUAGUCGCAGUUACUGAGACAUGGUACAAUGAGAAAAAUGACUGGGACAUAGCAAUACCAGGGUACUCUUUAUAUAGGAAAGAUAGGGAAGGCAAGAAAGGGGGAGGGGUGGCCUUGUAUGUGAAGGAUAGCAUAAUAUCUAGCCUAAUAAAAGUUAGUGAGGCAAACAUAGAGUCCGUUUGGGCUACUUUAGAAUUUGGUAAUCACACAGUAACUUGUGUAGGUGUGAUUUAUAGGCCCCCAGGACAAAUUGAAGAGUUAGAUAAUCUACUAGUUGAGGAAAUAGCUAAAAUGACAAUGAAGGGGGAAGUUAUCAUCAUGGGUGACUUUAAUCUUCCUGAUGUAAAUUGGAAAACAAAAUUAGCUACUUGUGCCAGGAGCACACAUAUUCUAAACUCCCUACUGGGAUUGUCUCUAAAACAAGUUGUUGAGGAGCCAACUCGUAAAGAGGCCAUACUAGAUUUAGUGUUAACAAAUGGACAUUUGGUAUCAGAUGUUACUGUAGGUGAAAGUUUAGGAUCCAGUGAUCAUCAGUCAGUAUGGUUUAAUAUAAGAACAGUGACUGAGUCACACCACACAAAAACAAAAGUUUUAGACUUUAGAAAAACAGACUUUUCUAAAAUUAGAAUAUGGGUAGAGGAGUCAUUAUCAGACUGGAGCAAUUUAAAUGGAGUCCAAGAAAAAUGGGAUUAUUUAAAAGUUGCACUAUUGAAGGCAACAGAAAAUUGCAUUAGGCUUGUCAGUAAAAGCAAAAAAUUCAAGAAACCACUGUGGUACUCCGCAGAUGUGGCCAAAAUAGUUAAAAACAAAAAGUUAGCAUUUAGGAAUUAUAAAAAAACCCAGAGUGAGGGAGACAAAAUGAUCUAUAAGAUUAGGCAGAAAGAGGCUAAGCAAGUUAUAAGAGCUUCCAAAUCACACACAGAAGAGAAAAUAGCACAGUCAGUAAAAAAGGGGGAUAAAACAUUUUUUAGAUACAUAAAUGAGAAAAGAAAAGUAAAACAAGGAUUAGUUAGAUUAAAAACAAAAGAAGGAAGGUAUGUAGAAGAGGAUAAAGGUCAGGCUGACUGCCUCAAUGAAUAUUUUUGUUCUGUAUUUACAGAAGAAAAUGAAGGAAAGGGACCUCAGUUGAGAAAAAGGAUAAAUGAGUCAUUUAUUACACGUGAGUUUACAGAGGGGGGGGGGCUUUUAAUCUUUAUUUAUUUAUUUUUUUCCCUAUUUUAAAUACAUAUAUCAUACAAAAUACAUAUAUCAUACAAAUUUACAAUACAAAACAAAACAAUAUAGCAGCAGAAUAGGAAAGGGAAAAAAAUACUAGAAAAAAUUUCCUUAGUAGAGUGGUAAUAUCAUUCAAAUAUAUCUCAUAAUUUUUACAAUGUUCAUGGAAUUGAUCUGCUUCUAAUUAAUCAACAUUAUUUUCUACAUCAAUCAUCUCAAUACAUUUUGACCAAACAGAUACCUUACUGCUUAGUUCUUGUUUACUUAGCAUCAACUCCAUUUUAAUCUGAAACUCGAGUUGGGUUUUAACUUUCUUCCAGGGGACUUCUGAAUCUUUUUUCCACCAUCUCGCAAUUACUAUUUUCGCAGCUAAAAAAAGAUGUAUAAGAAUUACUUUUAGCUCAUACGUCAUAUGUGGCCAAUUCAAGUGCAACAGAACUACCUCUGGGGAAAUUAUCAACUCGAGUUUUAGAUUAUUGGAUAUGAAGUGCUGUAUUUUCAGCCAAAGAUUUUUUAAUUUAUAACAAUCCCACCAAAUAUGUCUAAAAUUACCUCUAGUACUAUUACAUCUCCAACAAGUAGAAUUAAUUAAAGGGUAUAUUUUAUUUAAUUUAGCUGGUACUAAGUACCACCUAUUUAAAACUUUGAAGUGUGUUUCUAGUAAAUUUAAUGAGUGCAUAUUCUUCUUAACAUCCAUCAUUGAAGAACCCCAUUGUUUCAUACUAAUGUCAAUAUUUAAAUCUUGUUUCCAUACUUGUAUGGCAGUAGGAUUUAUAUCCAUGACCAUUGAUUUAGUUAAUAUUAAAGCUUUAUAAAGUGGUUUAUAAAUUUUUUUUGAGGUAAAUAAUAAAUCAAUCAAAUUGCUCAAAUUAGAUAUUGGUAUUAUAAGGUGUGUAUUCAUAUAACUUUUGAGUCUUAAAAAAUUAAACACCUCUCUAGAAGGAAGAUUAUAUUCCCCUGUUAUUUGAGCAAAAGUUUUGAUUGAUCCUUCUAUCAAUAAGUGAUCUAAAGUCAUUAUCCCUAAUUUUUUCCAAUUAUUUAAAUUUAAGUCUUCCAAUUGAUUUUCUACAAUAUCUAACUCUAAAUAGCUUGGAACUUUUUUUUUCUAUAUUCAUUGCUUUUUUAAUUUUGGACCAAUUUUCUAAUAAUUGAGUUAAAAUAAUAUUAGAGUACUCUUUUUUUUUUUACGUUUUAUUUAUAUUCCAAAUUAAGCAAUCUAAGCUAGAGACCUCUCCUGCUUUCAUUUCCAUUUUAUACCAUCCCUCAUCUUUAUUUUCUUUAAUUUGCAUUCUAUAAAUAUGUAGGAUAGUAGCUGCUUUAAAAUUGUUCACUAUAAAUGGAUAGGCAAGUCCACCUUCAUGUAAUUUUUGCACUAAUACUGAUUGUUUUAAUCUUGGCUUCUUGCCUUUCCAAAUAUAUUGAGUAAAGCUUCUUUGUAUUAAUUGAAGCCAAUGGAUUGGAAUAUGGAGAGGUAACAUUUGGAUCAUGUAAUUCCACUUUGGUAUAACAUAUGAAUUAAUGACAUUUAUUCGUCCCCAAAAAGUAAUCUCUAAAUUUCUGCGAUCUUUUAACCAUUUAUUAAGGUCCAAUAAUAAUGUUAGAACAUUUACUUCCAUCAUUUUAUUUGUCUCUCUAGCUAUUUUAAUUCCUAAAUAAUCCAUGCUUUCCUUAACCCAAAUAAAAUCAUAUUUGUUUUUAAUCUCUUGUUGCAUCUUUUUAUUGAGAUUAAUGUCUAAUAUUAAGGAUUUAUUUGUAUUUAACUUAUAAUUUGAUAUAAAACUGUAUCGGUCUAUUUCUUGCAUUGUAUGUUCUAAAGAAUUUUUAGGAUUUGUGAGAGUAAUUAAAAUGUCAUCGGCAUAUAAACUUAUUUUUUCGUCCUCAUCCAUUAUUUUAUAUCCGUUGAUCUCCUUAUUAUUUCUAAUAUUUUCGGCCAAUGGUUCGAUAGUCAGCAGGUAAAGUAAUGGUGAAAGAGGGCAACCUUGCCGAGUACCGUUUCUAAGUUGGAACCAUGGAGCAACAAUAUUAGGUCCAAUAGUCCGUGCAACUGGAUUUACAUAUAAGGCCAUUAUGGCUUUCUUAAUCCAACCUUCCAGUCCAUAGUGUGAUAAGACGGCUUCUAAAUAUUUCCAGCUUACUCUGUCGAAUGCUUUUUCAGCAUCAAUCGACAGAGUCAGAACUGGAACAUCAUUUCUAUUUGCAUCGUCCAAGAUGUUAAUAAUUUUCCUUAUACUUGUAUAAGAAUUUCUACCUGGAACAUAUCCUAUUUGAUCUUUGUGGAUAAUUGAUGGGAGAAGUUUUUUUACUCUGGCAGCCAAAACCGAAGCAUAUAGCUUAGUGUCUACAUCUAUUAAAGAUAUUGGACGGUAAUUUUUGAUGUCAGUGGGAUUUUUAUCAUUUUUUUAAAAUGGGCAAGAUAUUAGCUUUAAGCAUCUCUGCUGGUAGAAAUCCUCUGUUUGCAGCUGUAUUGAAAACAGAAGUCAAAUAUGGACAUAAUAGAUCUUUAAAUGUUUUAUAAAAUAGAUUGCUAAACCCAUCAGGGCCUGGUGUUUUAGAUCUUUCUAAAUCAUUUAUAGCUUUCAUAAUCUCCUCCUUAGUUAUAGGUUUAUUCAAAAAUUCAUUUUCAAUAGAUAUUAAUUGAAACUUCUUUAUAUUGUUUAAAUAAUUUUUAAUAUCCUCAUCUGUAUUAAUUUGAGAUAUAUUAUAUAAAUUGCUGUAAUAUUUAUUAAAACAAUUUCCAAUCUCUCUAGGGGUUGUUGCUAAUUUUCCAUUCUGUAUUAUUUUAUCUACUUUAUUUUGUCCUUUUUGUUUUCUAAGUUUUUGAGAUAGCAUCUUUUCAGCUCGAUUACCUUUAGAGUAAUAUUUAAGUUUUAAUCUAUCCAUGUUUUUAACUGUCGUAUCUAUUAAUUUUUGCUUUAUAUUUUCUUUAAGUUCUAGUAUUUUUCCAUAGAUUUCGGGAAAUGGAGAUUGUUUAUUAAUAUGAGUCAUAUUUCUUAAUUCUGUAUGUAAAUAUGCCAAAGUAUUAUUUUUAUCAAGCUGGCUUUGUAGCUUGAUAAUAUGACCUCUUAUAACAGCCUUAAAGGCACACCACAAAAUAGAUGGAUCAAUAUUUUCUGAAAUAUUUUCCUUAAAGUAAUUUUUUAUAUUAUUUCCUAUGUAAGUUUUUUUUGAUUCGCAACAAAGCAAAUUAUCUCUUAACAGCCAAGUAUAGGCUUCCCUUUUAAAUGUACAAAAAACUAUUUCACAGAAAACUCCAUUAUGAUCUGUCCAAACUAUCUCAUCAAUCUUUGUUUUUUUGGUCAUAUCAAUAAUACUUGGAUCUACCCAAAUCAUAUCCAAUCUUGAAUAAGAAAAAUGCACUUUAGAAAAGUGCGUAUAAUCUCUCUCAUUGGGAUUGUAAAUUCUCCAAAUAUCAAAUAAAUUAUAUUCAUCUUUAGUUUUUUUUAAAGCUUUUGCUUGUUUUAUCACCAUUUGGUUUAGAGUAUUUCCUUUCAUUAAUUUUUUAUCAAUCUGAGGGUCCAAUACUGCGUUAAAAUCCCCUGCUAAUAUUAACUUUCCCAUUUUAAUUUCAGCUACUUUUUCCAAAAUUGUUUUUAAAUAGGCAACUGGUAAAUGAUUAGGGAGAUAUAUAUUACAUAAUGUGAAAAGUAUAGAGUUAAUUUUGCAUAUUAUUAUCAAAUAUCUACCUUUAAUGUCUUGUAUCUGGUGAAUAAUUUCAACUUUGAUCUUUUCUCCAAAUACUACAGCUACUCCACAUUUUUUUUUUAUCCUUAUUAGAGGCUUGAAUUAUAAGUGGAAAUCUUUUGCCUCCCCAAUUCUGUUUAUCCACUUGCCUCCAAUGGGUUUCUUGUAAAAAUAUUAAAUUCAAUUGUUUUUCAUUGAGAUAUUUAUACAGUAAAUUUCUUUUUGCUAUAGUAUUCAAUCCCUGAACAUUAAGUGUGAGCAUUUUUAUCAUAUUAUUUUCAGAGACUUCUCUACAUCCCUUUCCACUCGAUGGUCAUUAUCCUUCCCUAUUGCUGCAUAAACAUAUACAUACAGACACAUAAAACAUAAAUUUAAAAUCAUUGGAGAAAGUCCUCCUUUUUUUACACAAAGACUGUAAAUUUUCAUUUAGAAAUUCAGUCUCUACUGUGUCUUUAAAUUAGACACUAAGUGGGUAUGUCCAAAAAGAGGUAGUAAUGUUUCCAAAUUUACAAUUUUACCCCAAGAGGGAGAAAAAAACAAAACAAAAAAAAAAAAAACACACCCAUUUCCUUUUCCCUUCUUUUAUUCUUAACCCCUUACCCUUUAAUUCUUUGAUUUGAGUGAAUCUAUUUCUUCUUACCACAACUACUAAUAAUCUAUUUAUAGACAAUUUCUAUUAUUAUUCCCAAUGGUAUUUAAUUACAAGUAUAUUUAAUCUUUUAUCUAUUACCAAAAAAAAAACCUUACUAAUAUAUGUGAAUAAUUUACUUUUAACCACCUUAUCAAAUUUGAAUCUCAUUAAUAUUAAUGCUUAAAUGUGUUUGCUUUUAACUUCUUUUUCCUUUUUUCCACAUAUUUAUGUGCUUUUAAUUUCUUAGUAAGAAAAAAAAAUAAAAAAAAUUAUUUCUAUUAUGCAUAAUUAAUACCCUUUAAGUGAAAACAAUUAUUAAUUAUAUCGAAAAAUUUGUAAAUUAUACAUUACACAUCUAAUUAAUUCCAUAUAAGUGAAAACGUUAUAAAUUAUAAGAUAAAAUUAUGUUUUACAGUCUUAUUGACUAUAAAGUAAGAGAAAAAAAAAAUUGUUUUUCUCUUUUUCUUCCUUUUCUCCCCUCCUUCCUUCUUCUUCUCCUCUCUUCCUUUCUCUUCCUCUUUUCCAUCGCUACAGACUUUUCAAGCUUUCUUAUUAAUACUUGUUAACCAACUAUUUGCAUCAUUUGCAUCCGAAAAAAUUUUUUUUUCUUGUUUCCAAGUGAACCUUAAAGAUGUUGGAAAACCCCAUUGAAAUUUGAUCUCUUCCUUUCUUAAAAAGUUUGUCACGGUAGAGAAAGAUUUCCUCCAAGUCCUAGUAUGAUAGGAUAAGUCUUGCAAAAAAAUUAUAUCUUUAUAAAUAGAAUUUGUUCGGGGUUUAAUACGGCUGGCUUUCAUUAAAUUAUUUCUCAUUAGUAGUGAAGAAAAACUCACUAUUACGUCUCUUGGAAGAUGUGAAGUGGUUGUAUGUGGUUUGUAUAUUCGGUGGAAAUUUUCUACUUGAUAUUCAUCUGAAAAUAUUUCUGGUGAAACUUCUUGAAAUAAAUUAUUUAAAUAUUCUCUUAAUUUUUCAUUGGAUAUUUCUUCAGAAACCCCUCUUAUUCUUAUGUUUCUUUUUCUUGAUCUAUCUUCUAAAGCUGCUAUUUUGUUUUCAAGAUUAUCAACUUUAUUUGCUAGAGACUGCACCUCCGUGUUAAUUGCUUUAAUUUGAGUUCCAAAAACUUCACAUUUUUUUUCCACUUCCACCACUGAUACUGCAACAUUUUUAAUCUCUUGUUUUAUAUCAUUGAAACUUGCAAGCAUAUCUUGUUUCAAUAUAUUUAGUUGUGACUCCAAAACUUGCUUAAAUUGGUCUUGUAUGCUAAUUAAAGCAAUUGCUUGGGUUUCCGAUGAAGGUUGGUUGAGUGGAACUUCCAAAUUGAUAUUGGAGGUAUUAACUGGGUGUGUCUUACCAUCAAUUAUCUGUUCCUGCCUAUCCUUAAUGGGGGUUAUGAAAAAACCUGACAACCUCUUUUCUGUUUGCUGAACUGAUUUAAUUUCUUUCUUCUUUUCUGUUGUUUUCCUAGUUGACAUUUUGUUUCUUAAGUACUUCUCAAUAACAGAUUUUAGCUAGAUGUCUCAUAUAUAGCUUUAAUCUUGAAUAAUUAAAUCAAUUAAUCAAAUAGUUAAUUCAAGUAAAUCAGUCAGAUAUACCAGUCUCCUCCAAAACAGGCUCCCCCCUUUUUUUUUUUUUUCAAGCCAAUAGUUAUAUACAAAUAUAAUGCCUUGCAAUAAUGCCUUGCAAUAAUGUUGCAGUAUAUACAGAAGUACUCACGGUUUUUAUAUAUGGCUAUUUAGAAAAUUGCUGAGGGAUGUAUUUUUUUUUUCUUUUCCUUUUCUUUUUAUUUCUCCCUUAUUCUUUCUUUCUUUUCUUUGUUUUUUUUUUUAGUUUAUAAGGGAACUGUUGUUGUUUCUCCCUUAUUCUUUCUUUCUUUUCUUCGUUCUUUUUAAUAGUUUAUAAGGGAACUAUUAUUGUUUCUCCCUUAUUCUUUCUUCAUCUUUUUAAUGAUUCAUAAGGGAACCACUGCUGUCUCUCCAAGUGAAAGCAACAGACCCUCAGCAACACCAUGUGCUUCGAAUCAAAUUUACCGACCCCACUGAAUCCUCGCUGAGUCUUCACUUCAAUUCAACAAAUCUUUUUCCCAGCCAGACAAUGUUCACAGAGCGGCAUAACUAGCUCGCUUCCGCGUCCGUUCUCCACACCCUCCUUCCGGGCACGCCCACCUGCAACAUGUGCGACGUCUCACGUCUCACGUCAUCACGCCCCCCUCCUGAAGACUUCAGUCUUUUUUUUUGGAAGAGGUUCUAUUUCAACUGUCAAAAGUUAAGACAAAUAAGUCAAUGGGACCUGAUGGAAUACACCCAAAGCUAUUAAAAGAGCUUAGUGGUGUACUAGCAAAACCAUUAACAGAUUUAUUUAACCAAUCAUUGUUAACAGGAGUAGUCCCAGAAGAUUGGAAGUUAGCGAAUGUUGUGCCCAUUUACAAGAAAGGUAAUAGGGAGGAGUCAGGCAACUAUAGGCCAGUAAGCCUUACUUCAGUAGUGGGGAAAGUGAUGGAAACCAUGUUAAAGGAUAGGAUUGAUGAACAUCUAAAAACACAUGGAUUUCAAGAUCAGAGACAACAUGGGUUUACUUCAGGGAGAUCAUGCCAAACUAAUCUUAUUGAUUUUUUUGAUUGGGUAACUAAAAUUAUAGAUCAGGGUGGUGCAGUAGACAUUGCUUACCUAGAUUUCAGUAAGGCUUUUGACACUGUUGCACAUAGAAGGCUUAUCAAUAAACUGCAAUCUUUAAGUUUGGAUUCAAAUAUUGUUGAAUGGGUUCAAAGGCAGUGGCUGAGUAACAGGCAACAGAGGGUUGUAGUUAAUGGAAUAUAUUCAAAGCUUUGACUUGUCACUAGUGGGGUACCUCAGGGAUCUGUACUUGGACCCAUUCUCUUUAAUAUUUUUAUUAGUGAUAUUGCAGAAGGUCUUGAUGGUAAGGUAUGUCUUUUUGCUGAUGAUACUAAGAUAUGUAACAGGGUUGAUGUUCCAGGAGGGAUAAGCCAAAUGACAAAUGAUUUAGGUAAACUAGAAAAAUGGUCAGAAUUGUGGCAACUGACAUUUAAUGUGGAUAAGUGCAAGAUAAUGCAUCUUGGACGUAAAAACCCAAGGGCAGAGUACAGAAUAUUUGAUAGAGUCCUAACCUCAACAUAUGAGGAAAGGGAUUUAGGGGUGAUUAUUUCUGAUGACUUAAAGGUAGGCAGACAAUGUAAUAGAGCAGCAGGAAAUGCUAGCAGAAUGCUUGGUUGUAUAGGGAGAGGUAUUAGCAGUAGAAAGAGGGAAGUGCUCAUGCCAUUGUACAGAACACUGGUGAGACCUCACUUGGAGUAUUGUACACAGUACUGGAGACCGUAUCUUCAGAAGGAUAUUGAUACCUUAGAGAGGGUUCAGAGAAGGGCUACUAAACUGGUUCAUGGAUUGCGGGAUAAAACUUACCAGGAAAGGUUAAAGGAUCUUAACAUGUAUAGCUUGGAGGAAAGACGAGACAGGGGGGAUAUGAUAGAAACAUUUAAAUAUAUAAAGGGAAUCAACACAGUAAAGGAGGAGACUAUAUUUAAAAGAAGAAAAACUACCACAACAAGAGGACAUAGUCUUAAAUUAGAGGGACAAAGGUUUAAAAAUAAUAUCAGGAAGUAUUACUUUACUGAGAGGGUAGUGGAUGCAUGGAAUAGCCUUCCAGCUGAAGUGGUAGAGGUUAACACAGUAAAGGAGUUUAAGCAUGCGUGGGAUAGGCAUAAGGCUAUCCUAACUAUAAGAUAAGGCUAGGGACUAAUGAAAGUAUUUAGAAAAUUGGGCAGACUAGAUCGGCCGAAUGGUUCUUAUCUGCCGUCACAUUCUAUGUUUCUAUGUUUCUAUGGCCUCUUUCCGAGUUGGCUCCUCAACAACUUGUUUUAGAGACAAUUCCAGUAGGGAGUUUAGAAUAUGUGUGCUCCUGGCACAAGUAGCUAAUUUUGUUUUCCAAUUUACAUCAUGAAGAUUAAAGUCACCCAUGAUGAUAACUUCCCCCUUCAUUGUCAUUUUAGCUAUUUCCUCAACUAGUAGAUUAUCUAACUCUUCAAUUUGUCCUGGGGGCCUAUAAAUCACACCUACACGAGUUACUGUGUGAUUACCAAAUUCUAAAGUAGCCCAAACGGACUCUAUGUUUGCCUCACUAACUUUUAUUAGGCUAGAUUUUAUGCUAUCCUUCACAUACAGGGCCACCCCUCCCCCUUUCUUGCCUUCCCUAUCUUUCCUUUAUAAAGAGUACCCUGGUAUUGCUAUGUCCCAGUCAUUUUUCUCAUUAUACCAUGUCUCAGUAACAGCAACUAAAUCCACACUAUCAGUUGCCAUUAUUGCCACAAGUUCAUGGAUCUUAUUCCCUAAACUGCGAGCAUUUGUAGACAUGACUCUAAGCUUAUCAUUUUUUAACACACUUGCUACAGGCACCUUCUGUCCUUGUUUUGGGGGACAAUUGGAUUGAUGUUUUAUCACCCUUUUGCCCCCCCCCCUCCUAGUUUAAAUACAUCCUAGCAAAACCUCUGAAAUGCUCACUGAGAACGUUUGUUCCCUUUUGAGAAAGAUGCAAACCAUCUUCUUUGUACAGGUUAUUUCCAUUCCAAACAGAGUGUAACAGACCGUUUUGCCCACAAGAGGUUAAAAAACGUUUAGGCGAUAUUCCCCUUUUUCAGCUGCACCGACAGCUACUGCAAGCGCCAAUCUCCUGAACUGCAAACGCACAAAUUCGCCAACUCCCGAACUGGAGAAAAACGAAUAGCUGCUAGCAGACGAACAGGAAAAGCCCCCAAGCGGCUUACACUCCUGGCAAUCAGUCUCUAACAGCAUACAGUAAAUCCUCCCCCAAUAAUGAGAUGACACUUCACUUUGAGGGUUAAGCAGGAACUGAUUUACUGGGGCUAACUGCCCAGCUUUUAUGCAGGUCUCCCACCUGGUGGACACUCCCCUAGGGGACCAAAUGGGAGACUGGGACACAAAGGGUAAAAGGACCAAUCACAGACUUACACAUUUCAACCAUCCCACAAUGCAUCACAAUCCCUCCUCUCUGCUCUGGAGAUAAUUGAGAAGUAAUUCAAUUGUCUCCAAAGACAGAGGCAAAACUCCAUUAACCACAUGGCAGAAAACAAACAGUAAAAGACAUAAAAAUUACCUACAGUUACAUUCAGUACAUAAAACAUAUACGUUCUACAUAUCCCCAUAUAGCUCAGGUCUGAGCGCACAUUAUUAAGCGAAUAGCGCUCAGACCACACGAAUACAGUUUAAUCGCCAUGGAGCCAAAGUCUUUACACAGUCAGUUUACUGCGAAUGGGCUCUUUGGAAUUCCUAUCUGGGGUACAACACACUCAAACAAAUCUACCGAACACUCAGCAGAAAAGCACGAAUAAGUCUUUUCUGCAGGGAAAAAGAUGUCUUUUAACAUGGGGCCAUAGUCCAAAGGCAGCAGGCGAGCAACCAGGCUUCUCCAGUGUACAGUGGCGAGGUUGGUUUCGCCACACAGAGCUACCAUGAGAAAUAAAGCCAAAUCCUUGCUCCCGACACCAUUCACCAAGCCACAAAUUAAAGUCCCUAAUACGCAUCCGCCUGUCGUUCUGAGCACAGGCAGAACUUCAGAGAAUGAAAACGAGAAGUAGGAAUAGAGCCAUUGUUUAAUUUCUCCUCCUCCCUCUAUGCUCCCUCUGUGCUGAAUGACAUACAAAGCACUUCUAACAAUGAUUGUCAGAAAGCUAGAGCACUAGUUACAGGAUAAUGGGGUGCGGGUUUUUGCAUUACAUUUUAUUUUUCACAUCUCACAAAUAUGUUAAAUAUAUAUUUUACAAAUAUGUUUUGCUAAUAACAGGGAUUAGUAAAUAUAAGGUAAAAAAUCCUUGAAGUUACAGGUCCUCAUUAAGAGUAUAACAUUUCAUUGAUGGAAUGGUUUGUUGUCAGCUCUAAACCAGGUCUUGUUUAUUGAGCAACUCUUUCACACAAAAAGAAAUGUGAGCAAGCUAUAGUUUGCAUUUUAUUUUGAAUUUGGGGUGAAAAGAAAACCCUUUUGAUAUUCUUUACUGUUAAUUUUCCUUUUAGAAAAAUACAUGUUUACAAAAUGAAUUGGGCUGUUUACAAACUAAAUAAGGUGUUUUUAAUCCCUUAAGGACGGAGCCAAAUGUACACGUUGUGAACAAAACAAAAUGUAAAUAAAACCUGGCAUUUGCGCUACAUGUCUGUCCAACCGUAAUUCAACUCUUUCAUAGUAAAUGCACCCACCCUUAUUAUAUAUCAUUUUAUUCAGGGGAAACAGGGCUUUCAUUUAAUAUCAAAUAUUUCGCUAUGAUACAUAAUUUUAUAUGAAAAAAAUGGGAGAAAAUAAGAUUUUUUUUUAUUUUUUUAGUUCUACAUGACAUUUUAACUGUCAAUGUCAUAAUACUGUUUGCUUUUACUGCAAUAAAAUACACAUAUUUGUAUUCAGCAAAGUCUCACGUGUAAAACAGUACCCCUUAUGUACAGGUUUUAUGGUGUUUUGGGAAGUUACAGGGUCAAAUAUAGCACGUUACAUUUGAAAUUGAAAUUCGCCAGAUAGGUUAUGUUGCCUUUGAGACUGUAUAGUAGCCCGUAAUGGCAUACCAUCUGCAAUAGCAGACAACCCACGGUAUUGCAAAUGGGGUAUGUCCAGUCUUUUUUAGUACCCGUUUGGUCACAAACAUUGGCCAAAGUUAGCUUUAGUAUUUGUUUGUGUGUGAAAAAUGCAAAAAAUGCCAAUUUUGGCCAGUGUUUGUGACUAAGUGACUACUAACAAAGACUGGACAUACCCCAUUUGCAAUACCUUGGGUUGUCUUCUUUUGCAGAUGGUAUGCCAUCAUAGGGGUAAUUUUCCUUCUUGGGCUACCAUAGGGUCUCAAAGGCAACCUAACCAAUCUGGCAAAUUAUAAUGUGAAAAAAAAUGAAACACAAGCCUUAUAUUUGACGCUGUAACUUUUGAAAACACCAUAAAACCUGUACAUGGUUGUACUUGGGAGACUUAAAAAGUAAAAAGUAUUGCAGCAAUAAUAAGUGCUGUUUGUGCAUGAAAAAUGCAAAAAACGUCACUUUUACUGGCGAUAUCAUCGUUGUAAUACAUUUUACUGUUUUGAAACACUAAUAUUUGUGUUCAGCGAAGUCUCCUGAGUAGAACAGUGCCCCCCAUGUACAGGUUUUAUGGUGUCUUGGAAAGUUAUAGGGUUAAAUAUAGUGCUAGCAAAGUAAAUUCCCUUUGCUUUCGGCAUGGGUUGUCAGGCAGGUCCCGCUAAUUGUAACUAAUUAAGAUACCUAAUUAUGUAAAAAUAUUACAUAAAUAUAAAUGUGGAAUUAAUAUAUGUAUAUAUAUGUAUGUGUAUAUAUAUAUAUAUAUAUAUAUAUAUAUAUAUAAUUUUUUUUAAAUAUUUUUAUUCAUAUAUAGGUAUUGUGAUAAGGUGAAUGGGGUGGUGGAGAAUGCGGGCAUUGUAGCACAUUGAGGGUCUGUGGGUGUGCCAGUCAUUCGGUAGUCUGCUUUAGGACUUUUAUUUUGGCAGACCUGCUAAUCAAAUAAGUAGCACCGUACCUUUAAGACUGUUACCUGCUUGGUGCUAUAAUGGAGGAGCUGGUGAAAGCUCUGGUACAGGCAACCGCUGUACAACAGGAAACAAAUCGUCUACUGGUUAACCAGGUUGAGAACCUGAAGGAAGCCCAGCAGAUGGAUAGAGCUGCCCUUACUGAGGUGUUGCAGAGAGUGAUAUUGCCGUCUGCAGGGAGCCCCCCUGGUGAAAGGGGAUCCCGUAUCCGUGCCACAGACUUCCUGCAUAAGAUGACAGAGACAGAUGAUGUGGAGGCUUAUCUCACCACUUUCGAGAGGGUUGCUGCCCGGGAAAGAUGGCCACUGGGCCAGUGGGCGGGGCUUCUAGCUCCAUGCCUGAGUGGGGAGUGCCAAAAAGCCUAUGAAGACCUACCUUCUGACCAGACCCAGGAUUACAAGCAACUUAAAGCUGAAAUUCUAAAGCGCAUUCGAGCCCACAGAUUUCAUAAUUGGGCAUACGAUGUGAGUAAACCUACCAGAGCCCAGAUGUAUGGAUUGCUCAGGCUCGCUCAGAAGUGGCUGGAGCCAGAGCGCAACCCUGCUACCAAGAUAGUGGAAAUGGUUGUGAUGGACCGUUUUCUCAGACACCUGCCAACAGGACUGCGACAAUGGGUCUGCCAAGGGGACCCUCAGGAUCCAGAAGCAAUGAUGUGCCUGAUAUUUGGUUGCCAAGGAGCCAUACAGUAUUGAUCCUCAUCAGAAGUCCCGACCGGCUAACAACCGGAUAAGCGGGAAAGUGGGAAACAAAAGACAAAACUUUGUACCGAACCUUGAACCAUAUGACCGGGGUGGCAGAAGGUCCCCACCAGCUCCAUUUCGGCUACAAGACCACGCUGAGGGACAACUCCGGUGCUUUAAAUGCCACGAGCCUGGACAUUUUGCACGCAGCUGUCCAGAGAAUGAAGAGCCCAUGCAGUGUGAUGUAGGGACAAGGGCUUUGCAUAGGACUGUAUUGACUUGCUCAAAGAUGUGUGUGGUGACUAGUGCUAUUAAUGCAACGCAUUUAAUAAUGGUGAGGGUGGAAGGAAAGAAUGUACAAGCUCUAAUUGAUUCAGGGAGUGAGGUUACCUUGAUAAAAAGUUUUCUGCUCCAGCCAGGGAAAUUAGACACCAAACAAGUGAUUGAUAUUGUGUGUAUACAUGGUGACACCCACACAUACCCCACUGCAGAGGUUGAGUUUGGCACCAAGGUAGGGGAGGUUAAAUGCUCUGUAGGGGUAGUGCCCCUAUUACCGUAUGAUGUGGUAUUAGGGAGGGACUUUCCCCAUUUCUGCCGCCUAUGGGAAAAGUGCUCUGCUCAUCCAAAAAUGUGCUCUGAGGAGCUACCCGGAGUAGAGUGUAUAGAAAAUAUUUUUCCUUUCUCCGAUUUAGAAUGUGACGAGCAAGAGACACCCUUGGUGUGCCUGGGUAAUGAGGUAGAACCUCCCCAUACUGAAGACCCUAUAGAAGAAGUGGAGUUUCAGGAUCUCAGAGUCUCCCCUGGUAACUUCCGAGCAGCCCAAUGGGAAGAUAAGUCCUUGACAGCUGCAAGAGAGAAUGUGCAAAUAGUGGAGGGUACAAGGGCGGACCCUGACAAGCCCUUGAGCUUUCCUUAUUUCAUGGUGAAAAAUAAUCUGCUGUAUCGAGUAGAGAAAAAGGGGGAAGAGGAGGCAGAACAGUUGUUAGUUCCCCAAUCUCACCAAAACACUGUUUUAAAACUAGCCCAUAGCCAUGUGUUAGGUGGGCACCUUGGUUUUGAAAAAACGAGGGAACGAAUUCUGACCCGAUUCUAUUGGCCAGGGGUAUUUUCGUCAAUAGAGAGGUUUUGUAAAUCCUGCCCAGAAUGCCAACUGAAAGCUCCCCAUAAGGGCUUUCGUAGUCCAUUGGUACCCCUUCCCAUCAUAGAGGUUCCAUUCGAAAGAAUAGCAAUGGACCUGAUAGGGCCGUUGCCUAGGUCCGCAAGAGGACAUCAGUACAUUUUAGUUGUUGUGGAUUAUGCAACACGGUAUCCAGAGGCAGUACCUCUACGGAAUGCCACCUCUAAAAAUGUUGCAAGGGAGUUACUGAUGAUGUUUAGCAGGAUGGGUAUACCUAAGGAAAUUCUCACCGAUCAGGGAACCCCUUUUAUGUCAAAAAUCAUGCGUGAUUUGUGCAAAUUGCUCAGAAUCAAGCAGCUGAAAACCUCGGUAUACCAUCCGCAAACUGAUGGAUUAGUGGAGAGGUUUAAUAAAACUCUAAAGGCUAUGCUGCGGAAGGUGAUAGACAAGGAUAGAAAAAAUUGGGAUUAUCUCAUACCCUACCUGAUGUUUUCUAUUAGAGAAGUCCCGCAAGCUUCCACAGGGUUCUCACCUUUCGAGUUAAUGUAUGGUAGGCAUCCAAGAGGCAUACUGGAUGUUGCCAAGGAAACAUGGGAACAAGAGCAUACCCCCAUCACAGUCUUAUAGAGCAUGUAGCGCAAAUGCAAGAGCGGAUCGAAGCGGUAAUUCCCAUAGUUAGGGAAAACAUGGAAAAGGCCCAGAGAGCCCAACAAGCAAGCUAUAACCGGAACGCAAGUCUACGGGUCUUCAAACCAGGUGAUAGGGUUCUAGUUCUUGUUCCCACGGUAGAAAGCAAAUUCUUAGCCAGCUGGCAAGGGCCAUAUGAAAUCACUGAGCGGAUCAGUGACGUGAACUACAAAGUAAGACAGCCAGGCAGACGGAAGCCAGAACAGACAUAUCAUAUAAAUUUAUUGAAGCCAUGGGUAGAAUGAGAGGUUCUCAUCGUGACCAGAGAUAAACCUACUCAAGCCACUCGUGAGCAGGGUCCGGAGGUGCAUGUCGCUGAUACUCUUGCCCCCCAUCAGAAACAGGAAGUCAGGGAGUUUGUGUCUAAAAAUAGGGAUGUGUUUUCCCCAAUACCAGGAAAAACGCAUAUAAUCAAGCAUGAUAUCCUAACUGAACCUGGGAAGAAGAUCAAUCUGAAGCCCUACAGGAUACCUGAGGCUAGACGUGAAGCGGUUAGUGCAGAGGUUAAAAAGAUGCUUGAGUUGGGGGUGAUUGAAGUAUCACAAAGUGAGUGGAACAACCCAAUUGUGUUAGUGCCCAAACCAAAUGGGGAAAUCCGUUUCUGUAAUGAUUUCCAUAAGCUAAAUGAUAUCUCUAAGUUUGAUGCCUACCCGAUGCCUCGUGUGGAUGAGCUAAUAGAGCGAUUAGGUAAGGCCAGAUAUCUGAGCACCUUGGACCUCACCAAGGGAUACUGGCAGGUACCCCUGACAGAGAAAGCAAAAGAGAAAACCGCGUUUUCUACCCCUGAUGGGUUGUUCCAAUACAAAGUGCUGCCAUUUGGGUUGCAUGGUGCCCCAGCAACAUUUCAGCGUAUGAUGGAUAAGAUACUUCACCCCCACAGACAGUAUGCAGCCGCCUACCUGGAUGAUGUGGUGAUUCACAGUGCGGACUGGGAAACCCACUUGAUGAAGGUUCAGGCAGUUGUGGAUAGUAUAAGGGCUGCCGGUUUGACAGCUAACCCUGCUAAGUGUUCUUUAGGGCUAGAAGAAGCAAAAUAUCUGGGGUACACUAUCGGGCGGGGGCUCCUUAAACCACAAGAGAGCAAAGUAGCAGCCAUCACCAGUUGGCCACGUCCUGUAACUAAAAAGCAAGUCAGGGCUUUUUUAGGCUUAACCGGCUACUAUCUUAGGUUCAUCCCUGGGUACGCUACCAUUGCCAACCCAUUGACUGAACUUACUAAGGCAAAAGGCCCGAUUAUGGUUAAGUGGACCCCGGAAGCGGAGCAUGCCUUGUGUGCUGACCCUGUUUUGGUGGCUCCGGAUUUCACUAAAUCAUUUGUGGUACAGACCGAUGCGUCUGAUGUGGGCCUUGGCGCGGUUCUGUCCCAGGUACAUGAAGGAGAGGAACAUCCUGUCAUGUAUCUGAGCCGGAAAAUGAAUCCCCAUGAACAGAGGUACUCCGUAGUGGAAAAGGAAUGCCUGGCGAUAAAAUGGGCUUUAGAAUCCCUUUUUAGAGAUAUUACUUACUGGGGAGAUGUUUUACACUGAUCACGGACCAUGCUCCUUUAACAUGGAUGAGGCAUAACAAAGAAAAGAAUGCCAGGGUGACUAGAUGGUUCCUAAGUCUUCAGCCUUACCAGUUUGCUAUUGCUCACAGGGCCGGAACUGCCCAAGGUAAUGCGGAUGGCCUCUCCCAAGUUCACUGUUUAUGGUCCCGGGCCGCUCGCCCCGAUGGGUCUGAGCUGGGGAGGGGGAUAUGUGAUAAGGUGAAUGGGGUGGUCUGUGAGGGAGUCUAUAUCUCGACAGAAUUGUUCAGAGAGGCAUAUGAUUUUUAACCCCAGGGGGAGUGUAUGUUUCUGUGUAUGUAACCAGAAUGAAUAUUUAGUUAUGGGCCCCUGGGGUGGAGCAUUUGGAGAGCAGGGUGGGCCAGUGCUCCACUCCGCAGUUUAGCGGUUUUCUUGGAAGACUUAGAUCCAGCCCAGGGUUUUGGACUGUCUCCAACCUACUGCUCAGCUGUAGGUAAUCGGCUGCAGCAGUGGGAAUAAAUCCCUCCCUGCUAGGCAGGUAAGAGAGAAUGUUUUGUUUCUCUCUGAAAGGCUGGAAGCAGCAGGCUGGCUAAAUACUGGAGUGCUGAGAGUGGACAAAGACUCUAGGUUGGUGAAACCACUAUUGUUUUGUUUAGUUUAACCCUGAGAGAUAGGGAACCUAAUGUCAGUUAGUGCUCAGACGAGCCAGGUUUUUGUUUAUAGGGUUUUCUGUUACAUUUGUUUCAUUUACUGCUGUAUCCUGUGUGAACUUACAAAUAAAGUGCCUGGAGCAUUUGCAAUUACAAGGACUGUGCAUGUUUUUGCCCUAGAGGACCGUGCUACCUGCAAAGAAGGAUCACAGUAUAUAUAUAUAUAUAUAUAGUGAUAUAUACGUAUAUAUUUAUGUAUAUAGAUAUAUAUAUAUUAUGUCGUUCUACGUGUAUUUUGAUAUAAAUAUAUAUAUCAGGGGUAGGCAACCUUUUAGAAGCACUGUGCCGAUAGGGGAUGGUGAUGUCCUGUAGCGUGUCAUUCCUAUUUUUUUAAAUUGAGGUGUGUAUGCUGACGUAUUCUGCUUGUGUUAUUUUUAUUGCAGUUGUUUUACAUAGUUACAUAGUUACAUAGUUACAUAGCUGAAAAGAGACAUGCGUACAUCAAGUUCAGCCUUCCUCACAAAUGUUGUUGCUGUUGAUCCAAAAGAAGGCAAAAAACCUGGUCUGAAGUGCUUCCAAUUUUGCCACAAACUAGGAAAAAAUUCCUUCUUGACCCCAAAAUAGCAGUCAGAUGUCUCCUUGGAUCAAGCAGCUAUUACCCCACUAAUUAGAAAUUAUAUCCCUGUAUGUUAUGUUUUUUGUAAGUAUUUAUCCAAUUUCAGUUUAAACAUCUGUAUGGACUCUGACAAAACCACCUCUUCAGGCAGAGAAUUCCAUAUCCUUAUUGUUCUUACUGUAAAAAAAACCUUUUAUUUGCCUUAGAUGAAAUCUCCUUUCUUCCAGCCUAAAUGUGUGACUUUGUGUCCUAUGUAUAACCCUGUUUAUGAAUAGAUUUCCAGAUAAAGGUUUGUACUGGCCCCGAAUAUAUUUGUAUAAAGUUAUCAUAUCCCCUCUCAGGCACCGUUUUUCCAAACUAUACAGAUUUAAUUUUUUUAACCUUUCUUCAUAACUAAAAUGCUCCAUUCCUUUUAUCAAUUUUGUAGCUCGUCUCUGGACCCUCUCCAGUGCCAUAAUAUCCGUCUUUAGAACAGGCGCCCAAAAUUGCACAGCAUAUUCAAGGUGUGGUCUUACCAGCGAUUUAUAAAGAGGCAGAAUUAUAUUUUCAUCCCAAGAAUUUAUGCCCCUAUUUAUACAUGACAAAACCUUACUGGCCUUAGCAACUGCAGAUUGACAUUGCAUAUUGCUGCCUAAUUUGUUGUCUAUAACAAUUUCCAAAUCCUUCUCGUGUGUGGUUAUCCCUAAUUCACUACCAUUUAGUGUGUAAGUUGCUUGUGCAUUCUUAACCCCGAAGUGCAUAACUUUGCAUUUCUCUAUGUUAAAUUUCAUCUGCCAUUUUAGUGCCCAGUCCCCAAUCUAUCCAAAUCUCUCUGCAGCAAAGCAAUAUCCUGCUCACAUUUUAUUACUUUACAAAGUUUUGUGUCAUCUGCAAACACUGAUACAUGGCUUUCAAUGCCUAUUUCAAGAUCAUUUAUAAAUAUGUUAAAUAGAAGUGGUCCAAAAACAGAACCCUGAGGGACACCACUUACCACUUUUGUCCAGCCUGAAAAUUUACCAUUAAUUACAACUCAUUGUACUCUAUCCUUAAGCCAAUGUUCUACCCAAGAACAAGAAUAUUCAUCUAGACCAAUUUCUUUUAGUUUGAAGACUAACCUAUUGUGAGGAACCGUAUCAAAUGCCUUGGCAAUAUCCAAGUAGAUCACAUCCACUACAACACCCUGAUCUAUACUUUUACUUACUUCUUCGGAGAAUGCAAUUAGGUUAGUUUGACAUGACCGAUGUUUCAUAAAAACAUGCUGAUUAUUGCUAAUAACAAAGUUCUUCCCAAUGAAUUCCUGAAUAUUAUCCCUUAAUAGCCCUUCAAAUAUUUUCCCAGUUACAGAAGUUAAGCUCACAGGUCUAUAAUUUCCAGGCAAGGAUUUUGAACCCUUUUUAAAUAUAGGAACAACAUCUGCCUUCCUCCAAUCCUCCGGUACAACACCUGAAACAAAAGAAUCUUGAAAUUAAAUACAGAGGUUCUCUUAUUUCCCCACUUAGCUCCUUAAGUUCUCGUGGGUGAAUACCGUCAGGCCCCGGAGCUUUAUUUACAUUAAUUUUCUUUAAUAGCUGUAGCACCUUGUCUCGAGUUAUCCAAUCACAAGUUAUUUGCAAGUUUUUUGGAGCAAUCAUUUGCAUAUCUCUUGCCAUAGGAUCCUCAUUAAUAUAUACUGAAGAAAAAUAGUUAUUUAAAAUUUCUGCUUUUUCCUGGUCUUCAUUAGCUAAUAAACCCAACUCUGUUUCAAGUGUACCUACACUUUCAUUUUUUGUUGUUUUAGAAUUGAUGUACUUGAAAAGCAUUUUGGGGUUGGUUUUGCAUUCUUUAGCUAUCAAUUUCUUAUUUUCUAGUUUAGCCACUUUAAUUGUCUUUUUGCAAGCGUUAUUGGCUUCCUUAUAUCUUAAAAAGGAUGCCUUUGAUUUGUCUGAUUUAAAUGCUUUAAAUGCCCUUUUCUUAUUUUUAAUCUCUUGUUUUACUUCUCUACUAAGCCACAUUGGUUUUAGUUUGUUUCUUUUAUAUUUAUUACCCAAUGGUACAUACUGAGAAAUGUACCUUUCUAAUAUUUGUUUGAAUAGUUUCCAUUUAUUCCCAGUGUUUUUAUCACUAAGGAGUUUAUGCCAGUCGAUAUGUUGUACAGCUGCCCUAACCUUAUUGAAAUUGGCUUUUUUUAAAUUAUAUGUUUUAGUAUACCCCACUUGCUUUUGCUUUUUUGAGUUUAUUUCAAAAUUUACCAUAUUGUGAUCACUAUUUCCCAAAUGCUCCCUUACUUGAACGUUGGUUAAAAGAUCAACAUUGUUUGUUAUAACAAGAUCCAGACAAGCAUCCUUUCUAGUUGGUGCUUGUACCAGUUAUGACAUAAAGGUGUCAUUUAACACAUUCAAAAACCUGAUGCCCCUUGCUGAAGUACUAGUCCCUCUUUCCCAAGUCUUUUGUACUUUUUGUGAAUUAUCAAUAUUACAUACCUCCUCUGUUCUGAGCUUUCCCCUCCCCCCAUCUCCACCCCCUUUGUUCUGAGCUAAAGCCCAUCUCCUUUCCAUCCUAUCUCUAUUUUCUAGAUUGCUUUGACCCUCUCCCCCACCACUAGUUUUAAAAUCUCCUCCAACCUUCUAGCCAUCCUAUCCCCCAGCACAGCAGACCCUCUUCCGUUUAGGUGCUUGUACCCAAGCGCAAAAUCGGCCCAGUGCUCUAAAAACCCACCUGCUUUGUAUCAUUGUAUUUGUGCGUAUAUAAACUAUUAUAUUGUAUAUGUUCAUUAGUAGUUUAUGGUAUUGUGUAUGAUACAUAUAAAUGUGGGCUGUGUAUGAGGCCUGCUUGUGGAAUUGUGUGUGGAUGGAUAUGUCACAUUGUGUGUUUGGUAGUGUGUGGGGGCUGUUUGGUUUAUUGCAUGUGAGAAGCUGCAUAUGGGGUUGUGUGCAUGUAUGUGGAUUGUUAGCGGGUUACGUUUGUGCGUAUUGUGUGUAUGUUUGUGUGUGGGCUGUUCAUAUUAUUUGUAUGAGGGGAGGGUUAUUCUGCAUUUCUGUGUAUAUCUAGCAGUGUGGAUGGCUUCCCUGGGUUCCAGGCUGGCCAGAUACAGGUCAAGGACAGGAGCUGCAACCGCAGCUGCGGGCUGCUCUACUACAGUGUGGAUUCCCAUUCACAAGUGCUGGGAGGAAGUGAUCUGUGAUCACUUUACUCUAUGUACUGCAAUGCUUAAAUUGAGGAUUGUCCUUCACCACCUCUUCGUAUUAGCAGAUAUCUGAAGUUUUACUGUGACUCCUGAUAGGCCAGAGCCUGUUUGGCUCUAGCAGCCUGGAGUGCCGUGCAAAUACACCUUGAGUGCCAUGCAUGGCACUAGUGCCAUAGGUUGCCUACCCCUGAUAUAUAUAUUAAUACCACAAUACAGUUAGAACAAAAUAACGUACAUCUAUAUAUUUUUUAAUUAUUUAUUUUUAAUUAUUUUUUAAUUUUAUUUUUUAACGUAUUUAAAUUUUUUUUUUUAUAUUAGAUAUAAAUAUAUAUAUAUAACAAUGAUUAUAUACACCUAGACAGUGUAUGUGUGUGUAUGUAUAUGUGUGUAUAUAUAUAUAUAUAUAUAUAUAUACUUAGAUCAUAUAUAUAUAUAUAUAUAUAAAAUAUGCUAUAUUUGAUCUAAGUAUAUAUAUUUUUUUUUUUACACUUUAUUAACUUUAAUUUUAUUUUAUUUUCAGCCAGCAGGGGAACUACCUGUCAUUACAGGCAGUCCCCCUGCUGGCAAUGCAGCAGCCAGCUAUCCCGGCCAUGUGAUUGUGAGGUUCUCGCAAGGACCUCACUCUCACAUGGCCGGGGGGGCUGCAGGAGGUCGGACGUGCCACCGGGAGCUCACUGGGAGUCCCCCCAACCGCGAUCGCUGGCGUGGGAUCGCCGGCGACCGGGUAAGUAAAAUAAAACCAGAGGGCAUACUACUGCGUCCGGCGGCAUUUAGAGCCACCUAAAAUAGGACGUAAUAGUAUGCCCUCCGGUCUUAAGGGGUUAAACUUGGCAAAUAUGUUCUUUUCUCCAACUUAGUUAACCAUUAAGAACAGACUUGUUACUGUAUUUAAAGCUAGCACAUGAUCAAAUUAGAAUUUUUAUAUCUAAAAAAAAAUGAAUAAUAUAUACAGUAUCUAAUCACACAUAUUAACCAGUAUUACAUUGAAAUGUCUCAAUUACAUCAAAUAAUAAACACAAUAUCACAUCCUUACAUGUAAGGAAAAAUACUUUACUUUUUUAAAGAUUAAUUUUCUUCCGUAGCAUUAGUUAGUAAUAUUUUGUAUCAAUAAUGCUACACAAGAAUAUUAAUCUUUACAAAGAUGUUAGAGUGAUUAAGUAUACUAGCAUACUUGCAAAACACAUAAUAUUCAAUUAUAUAAUUUUUCAACUGUAGGGGUAAUAGCUUCUUGAUCCAAGGAUAAAUCUGACUGCCAUUCUGGGGUCAAGAGGGAUUUUUUUCCUAAUUUGUUGCAAAAUUGGAAGUGCUUCAAACUGGGUCUUUUUGCCUUCUUUUGGAUCAACAGCAAAACACAAAUGUGAGAAAGGUAAACAUUUAGAGCAGUAUAUAUUUCUAUGAGUGUUUCUGUGACCUUUUAUACCUUAAUGUUAAUAGCUCAAGAUCUGGACCCCCUCGUGGGUGGGAUCAGGGGAUUAGUUUGAUAUGCGACAAGCUAUGGUUCUCCAUGUAAUAACUUAUGUGAGCAAAUAUCUUUAUGAGCAAACAAAAAAGUUACCUGCACACUGGUCCAAAUCCCUAUGCAUAUUUAAAUAAAUGGAGGUUAUUUAGUUGCUCCAAUGGCCAUUAGAUGUAAGCCCACCUGCCUUUAACAUAGAGACAUCCAAAGUUAUGCACUUCGGGGUUAAGAAUGCACAAGCAACUUACAUACUAAAUGGUAGUGAAUAAGGGAGAACCAGACACGAGAAGGAUUUGGAAAUUGUUAUAGACAACAAAUUAGGCAGCAAUAUGCAAUGUCAAUCUGCAGUUGCUAAGGCCAGUAAGAUUUUGUCAUGUACAAAUAGGGGCAUAAAUUGUCAGGAUGAAAAUAAAAUUUUGUCUCUUUAUAAAUCGCUGGUAAGACCACACCUUGAAUAUGCUAUGCAAUUUUAGGCACCUGUUCUAAAGAAGGAUAUCAUGGCACUGGAGAGGGUCCAGAGACGAGCAAGAAAUUGAUAAAAGGAAUGGAGCAUUUUAGUUAUGAAGAAAGGUUAAAAUAAUUAAAUCUGUUUAGUUUGGAAAAACGGCGCCUGAGAGGGGAUAUGAUAACUUUAUACAAAUAUAUUGGGGGCCAGUACAAACCUUUAUCUGGAAAUCUAUUCAUAAACAGGGCUAUACAUAGGACACAAGGUCACACAUUUAAGCUGGAAGAAAGGAGAUUUCAUCUAAGGCAAAGAAAAGGUUUUUUUACAGUAAGAGUAAUAAGGAUAUGGAAUUCUCUGCCGGAAGAGGUGGUUUUGUCAGAGUCCAUACAGAUGUUUUAACUGAAAUUGGAUAAAUACUUGCAAAAACAUAACAUACAGGAAUAUAAUGUCUAAUUAGUGGGGUAAUAGCUGCUUGAUCCAAGGAGACAUCUGACUGCGAUUUUGGGGUCAAGAAGGAAUUUUUUCCUAGUUUCUUGCAAAAUUGGAAGCGCUUCAGACCAGGUUUUUUGCCUUCUUUUGGAUCAACAGCAAAAACAUUUCUGAGGAAGGCUGAACUUGAUGGACGCAAGUCUCUUUUCAGCUAUGUAACUAUGUAGCUAUGUAACCUCUUUUUUCUUUGCUUGUUUUGUAUGUAUUGGGUGCUAUGGUCAUUGCAAUGCCACCCAGGAGUACUGGAAGUUUGCACACAAGACUUAUUUUUGUGUAUUUAAAUAUCUUUAUGAAACCUAAGUAGAGACUAACUGAAGGGCAAGACACCACAUGUUUUAUCUGUUCUCAGUGUUCUUAUACCUCCUGUUCAGUGCUGUAGGAAAAGUCAAGGAUAUCUGUCCAACAUAGCCCAGACAGAUCUAUAUUUUAAAGGCAUAUAUUUCCUUUAUGAACCACUAGCAGAAACAUGACUCCUCCCUCUGAUAUUGCAACCCCUGUCUCAAUAUCCAUUUGUUGUCUUCAAUUUACCCACAACCCAAGACAGGUUGACAGUAAAGGUGACAGUGUAGGAUUUCUGUUUUCACCCCACUGAUUCUUUAAACCUCUGCCCACCUCCUUUGCUAUCUUUCUGCACUUUUGAAAUACACAAAAUUCAUCUGUUCAAACUCAUCUCUGCUAACUUAGCUGUUAUCUAUCACCCUUCUAGAUCCCUUCGUCUUUUCCUUGACCAUUUCUCUGCUUGGCUUCCCUACUUCCUUUUAAUUAAUAUUCCUUCCUUCAUUUUCAAGGCUUACAAAAUUCCCAUUAACCCACCCUUAACCUCCAAAUUCCUUUUUAUUAUCUCCUCUUCCAUUGACCUAUCUAAGUGGGUUAAUACUCCCACACAUGUAGGUGGCAAUACCUUCAAUCUUAUUUUUGUCAGACUUCCUCCAUUAUAAAUUCAUAUUGUGUUCAUACAGCACAGUCCUUACCCUUGCUAAACAAUCCUACCUUUCCUAUCUUGUUAGUUCAUGCUCACACAAUCCCAGACAUCUCUUUAAUACCUUCAGCUCUCUUCUACGCCUACCUCAAGCAACCCCCAAACUAACCUUUCAGCCAAUAGCCUUGCAUGCUACUUUAGCAAAAAAAAAGCCUGGCCAACUGCUGUUCAGGAUGGACGCACACUGAUUUAGCUCCGGUCACUCCAGGCAAUCCGUUUCCCAAUGUCAAUCGCACACACACUCGAUUUGAACAACUUUGCCCACACCAUACCCUAAAAAGAAAACAAAUUACCACUACGUACUCCCUAAUCCAAGACACACAAAAGCCACAAUACAACUUAACCUAUCUCUUUCGGACGAAAGCUGGAAACUUAUUCUCUCACAAAUCCACAAAUCCUCUACUAAUCUUGCCUCACAGGAAAGCAAUUACAAGAAGAUCGUUAGAUGGCACUAGACUCCAGCCAAGCUCAGAAAGCUUUACAUGAAUACCUCCGGCCUAUGCUGGAGAUGCCUCCAAGCUGAUGGGGACACGGCAUUCAUCUGGUGGUCCUGCCCGGAAAUUCAAAAAUUCAGGUCCAGAAUAUCCACACUUACUCAGAACAUUAUAGGCGUGAGCAUGCCAUUCUCACCCGAAACCUUCAUAUUCCGCAUACUCCCCUCCACAUUACCGAGGAAUGUCACCAUGCUACUCAGGCACAUGCUCACUGCAGCAACCCAAACAAUUUCGAUUCAUUGGAAAAGGGCAAAGCCCCCAUCUAUUAGGGAAUGGAUACAAAAGGUAGAGAGAAUAAGGACAAUGGAAGAGGUUUGCUCCUCUCUAUCCACAAAUUACCAACUCUACACAGACACAUGGGAACCUUGGUGUAAAUUCCUAGACCACAAUCAAACAAUAGUGGUCACCUAAACCAUUGGAUAAACCAUACAGGGGUAACAUGACUCUGGCCACUCUCGACCCACUCCACCAACGUACGGAAGCAGGGACGGUCACAAAUGGAUAAAUGACAGAUCCACCACACUCCCUCCCUCCCCCUGGACCCUCCAAAUUCCUUUACGGCCAAAAUGGUUCAAGCAGACGGAAAACAGACCCUGGUGGAGGGGACGACGACUGGGAUAGUUCUGGGAGAGUGGGGAGGUGGGCUCUAAUGGUCCCUCCCAAGGUAAAUACAGGGUGUCAUGUAUGGGUGUGGUGAAGCGAAGAGCCUGGUUAGAUCAGUGCCAGGCAGGAAUGGUACGGUUAAUAAAUGUUAAUAAAUGUUUAUAUCUACUAUUAUAAAAAAAAUAAAAAAAUAAAAUAGUUCAACACAAGACACCAAAAGGGUAAUAGGUGGAAACAGCGAAUCAUUUAAGAUUGCUCACAGGAUAUAUUGAAAAAUUGAUGAUAUGCCUAAGGUAGUCUACAUGAGCUUAAUCUGUUAAUUGCUUCAUACUUGUACAUAAUGUUUCACUGCAUGCAACACUAAAGAUCUGUCACUCAACACAAUGUAUGUACAUGCACGUGAAUGAUUCAUGCAAAUAAAGAACUAUUUUUAAAUAAAAAAGCCACCCCCAAAUGCCUUGUCAGCCUCUUGUCCAAGGGGGCCCAGGAGCAGGCCAGCUGGCCACCUCAGCAUUCCCUCCUCUCCCCCCACCCCCGGAGGCUGGCAUUCACUGAUAAUUGAGGUGGGUGGCUGGCGAGGGAGCACUUGAGCUCUCCCUUGCUCACCUCCCUUGCGCGCCGGCAGUGAUGAUGUUGUUCCGGCCCCAGCAUCACUGAGAGGCGCAUAAGGGAGCUGAGCAGGAAGAUCAGAGCUCUCUCGCUGCCCGCCUCCACUGUUCCUGCCAGCCCGAGUGUGUUUCUGUGUGUGUCUGGUAGUGUGUGUGUCUGUUAGUAAGUGUGUCUGUUAGUGAGUGUGUUAGUGUGUGUGUGUGUCUGUUAGUGAGUGUAUAUGUGUCUAUCAGAGAGUGUGUGUGUGACGGUAGUAGAAAAUAUCCCCGUCAAGCAUUCCCUUCUUCCCAUAAAAGAAAAGCACUCAUUAUUCCAUAAGCAGAAAUAUCCCUGGAAUCGCCGAAUAAUCCACACAUGAGCCAAAGCUUAAUGCUGGAACAAGACUGAUUUACUGGCACACAGAACUCACAAUUUAUGCAAUACAAAACUCCUCCUCUGGGCCAGGCUAGAUAAUGGAGUUUCUACAAUACACAAAGCUCAAUUAUCUGCUGGCCUGAAACAUUACAAUUUAUAACAAUUUCAGAAACAUACUUUCUAUAAGACAUACAAUUAUACUUUUAACACCCCUGGAUAGCUGAGGAUACUGGUAGUCACAUAUCCAAAUCUCACGAAUUUCCGUUCGGUAGUUUCCGUGUCGCAUUGUGUGGAAGUUUGACCAGCUUGCCAUGUGGAGGUAUCCGAGUUACAGUUCCAUAGAAUCAGUAGCAAGAGCCGGUCUCCGUUCGCAUCUAACUACACGAAAACUACCGUUCGUAUGGUUCAGCUGGUUACCUGUGAAUGUUCCCCUCAUUCGGUAGAUACCAUCUACCGAACGCCAGUUUGAUUCGUGCAGGGGAACGUAUUCAUCCAGGACUUCCAUGGGGGACCGGGCGUUCGCAUGUUUCCCGUACCGAAAACAGUUCCAUGCAAUUCAUGUGUAAGCCCCGCUGACCGCAUUCGUGAGUUUUAAGAUGGCCGCCAUCCUUUGUUCUCGCCACGUGUUCGUAUGUCGAAUGUCGGCCACCUAGUAGCAAUUAAGUUGCGGUUUCCUCUGUGUUCUAAUUGCUACUUGCUACCCAGGGUGUGUGGUCCCCGUUCGGUACACGAAUACAUUCAUUCUCAACAUUUGGAACCGAACAAUAUAGACAUUAAAAUAGCAGGGAGAGGAUUAAACUGAAGCAUAUAGGCAAUUGCAUAAAAGUCCUUCACAGUGUGUCUGUCUCUGAGAGUGUAUAUGUUUUUGUCAGUGAGUGUGUAUGUGUGUUUGUCAGUGAGAGUGUAAAUGUGUUUGUCAGUGAGUGUGUGUGUCGGUCAGUGAAUACAUAUGUCUGUCAGUGAAUGUGUGUGUCUGACACUGAGUGGGUGUGUGUCUGUCACAGAGUAUAUAUACACAUAUAUAUAACAAGAAAAAUAAUCCUGCACUCCACUUUCAAAGCUCUACUUGCCCGGUGCUUGUCCAGCAAAAACACAGAAAAAUAAAACAAGAUAGCACUCCCAGGACUUAUUCAAUCAAAAAAAAUAUAAAACUUAACUUUUAAUCAGUAUCCAAAAAACAGAUUGACGUUUCAGUCUGUUAACCACAGACUUUCAUCAGGACUAACACAUACACUGUAAAAACAUACAUAUAUACCAACAUACAUAUUAGCAAUCUACUUACCCAUCACCAAUGUAAUUGCAUCUCCCUGUCAGCUCAGACCGGGUCUCCCGCGGGUUCCGCCGACGUCAAUGCGUGCGUCAAAAUGACGUCAUCACGUCGCGCCGGCGUCAUUACCGCAUCACGUGACCACCCGUCUGGCGGCAUCAUGGGGAGGUUGUUGCUAUGGAGAGAAGCUCCAUAGCAACCACUAAAAACAAAGACACAACAGGCUUUAAAGAACCACUAAAAACAAAGAAAAACAGGCUAUAAAGAACAGUUUAGACACCAUAUUGUGCAUAAGUUAAUGGUAGUAAACCCAAAUAUUAUAUUAAUGCCCAAUACAUGGGGAUCUAAAUACUUGAAAAAAUUAUUAUUAUUAAUGCAUCAAUAUAAAAAAAUGCUAUAAUAAUUAUAUCAUUAAAAGGGCAAUACCCAUGGAUUCAAAUGGAUAGAGGAAUUAUAGUGGAAAUUGAAAAUUGAGUUUGAAAAAAUGAGAAGUUAUCCUCUAUAAUACAGGAGCAAACAUAUGUUAAACCGAUGUCCCUAAACUAUACCAACCCUUCUCUAUAUCUUAAGACAGCCUAUCAAGUAAAUAUCAAGCAAAAAAAAUAAAUAUAUAUGAAACAAAAAUAUAUGAAACCAGACAGGGGUAAUAAACUUAUUGCCAUCAUCUAUGAGGCAUCAAGGGAAUAUGCCUAUCCCCACGGGUGGGCAUCAUUCCCCAACCUCAUAUCAUCAGGACUCCAGAACAUAUAACCCAUAAGCACAAACAUAUUGGUAUCACCAGCUAAAAUACAACAUAUUCUCGGAAAUAUGCUGGUAAUAGGAUCCUAUCACCUCUAAAGACAAUCAUAAUAGAACCGGAUCCCACAAUAAGGAAUACAUGUGGUGACUCCACCCAAAAAGGUGGGCACCCAUGUUAAGAUCCUAUGUGGAACGGUAUAGACUUCAGAGUCUGAACAAAAAGGGAAAAUAACCAUCCUCAAAACUGAAUAUACAGGGAGGUGGCUUAACCCCACGGGUGAACCCCCAUCUCCUAUUUCAGUAUACAUCAGGUUAUAUAUAGCCAAAAUCACAAGAACACAGAUAAUGAAUAUUUUUCAUUUAAUCCAUCAGGAUGGACCGUUUGUAAUGUUCUUAUCCAAAACAAUUCACGUUGUAAAAGCAUCUUCUUGCGAUCGCCACCCCUUCUAGGCGAAGGGACAUGAUCAAUGGCCAUCAACCUCAUCGAUGGCAAAGUGUGUCCUAGUUCAAGAAAGUGCUUUGCUACUGGUAGCUCUGACUUGUGAUCCCUAUACGCUGUUCUUAUACUAGACCUGUGGUUCCAGAUACGUUCCCUCAAUGGUAGGUCAGUUUUUCCAAUAUAAGUUAAGCCACAAGGGCACAUAAGCUUGUAAAUCACAAAGUCACUGGUGCAGGUUAGCCGAUGUUGUAUUCGAAAACUUUCACCUGUAUGAGGAUGUGUAAACGUCUUUCCAGGGAUCAUGUGUCCACAGGUAACACAACCUAGACAGCGGUAACAUCCCAAAUUCUGUGGAAUACUGUCCUUUGAGUAGCAAUGAAAUGGAUCGGUAUUAACUAGCAAAUCUCUCAGAUUUUUAUUCCUCUUGUAACAGACCAUAGGAGGAUUCUGAAAUAUUGGAGGUAAUGUCACAUCAUUUCUUAAUACUCUCCAAUUGUCCUCAAUAAUUUGUUUGAAUUUGAGGGAUGAUGUAGUAAAUGUCGUAGGGAAGAUCAAUCUAUUGUUCUGAGUUUUCGGGACAGGAGUAUCAACUGUAGCCAACCCUCGAUCAAGCGCUUUUUGUAAUGUCUGGCUCGUAUAGCCUCGUUGUCGGAAUUUCUCCCACAUCAUGCCCAAUUGUUCUUGGGCCCUUUUCGGAUCUGAGUUGUUCCUCAAGACUCUCAAAAAUUGCGAGUAGGGUAGUGAAUUCUUCAAUGAACCAGGAUGAAAACUACUGGCCUGAAGUAUUGUAUUACGGUCCGUCGGCUUGGAAUAUAAGGUGUAAGCUAAGCUUGUCCCCUCUCUCAGCACUCUGAUGUCCAAAUAAUAAAAAGCAGAUAAAGGGAGCACACUAGGUCUUCAAUUCAGUGAAACAAAUUUAUUUAAUGUAUUAUCAAAAAUACAUGAGCUGUGAAUAACAAAAAAUCAACGUUUCGACCCUCCUGAGACCUCCUGCUUUUUAUUAUAUAUAACGCAGGAUUUGCACCUAGGCAUCUAUUUUUACUUUUAUUAUUUUGUAAAGGAGGAGUGCCCUGCUACUUUAUUUGUUAUAUAUAUAUAUAUAUAUAUAUAUUUGUCUGUCAGUGAGUGAGUGUGAAUGUGUGUUUGUCUGUUAGUAUAUGUGUCUAAAUGUGUGUCUGACACUGAGCGAGUGUGUGUCUGUCAGUAAGUGUGUAUGCAUUUCUGUCAGUUUGUGUCUGUCAGUGAGUGUGCAUGUAUGUCUGUCAUCCCACCACUUGUCGCUUGAUCCCGUACCUUCCCACUCUGUCAGAUCUCUCUCCCCUUGCCUUGUACCAUACUUAACACACAUCCUCAACUGCUAUCUUAUAUCUGGAGUUGUCCCUGCUCCCCUUAAGCAUGCUACUGUAGUAUCCAUCCUAAAAAAGCCAUCCCUCAACCUGUCUUUCCCUUCCAACUAUCGUCCCAUAUGCCUGCUUCCUUUUUCCUUAAAGCUUCUAGAAAGACUUGUCUCUACUCGUAUGACUCACUUAAAUUCCAACUCCUUUUUUGAUCAGUUAGUAUAUGUGUCUAAAUGUGUGUGUCUGACACUGAGCGAGUGUGUGUCUGUCAGUAAGUGUGUAUGCAUUUCUGUCAGUGUGUGUCUGUCAGUGAGUGUGCAUGUAUGUCUGUCAGUGAAUGUGUGUCUGUCGGUGCGUAUGUGUGUAUGUUGGUGAAUGUGUGUGUGUGUCUGUCAUUGAAUGUGAGUGUGUGUGUGUGUAACUGUGAGUGAGUGUAACAGUGAAUGAGUGAGUGUGUAUGUCUGUGAAUGUGCAUGUUACAGUGAAAGUGUGUGUUAGUCAAACUGUGUGUGUGUCAAUGACUUUGUAUCAGUCAGUGUGUCUGUCAGGAAGAGAAAUUUGAAAAGGGGGCAGGGGGACCCUGAGUUUUGGUCAUGCCCAGGGCAGCACAAAAUCAGAAUACACCACUGCCCAUACCUUUCCUACUCAUCAGGCCCUUCUCCCCAUCUACAGAAGAAAAAGUGACUGUGAUUCUCCUCACUUCUCAUCCCACCACUUGUCGCUUGAUCCUGUACCUUCCCACUCUGUCAGAUCUCUCUCCCCUUGCCUUGUACCAUCCUUAACACACAUCCUCAACUGGUAUCUUAUAUCUGGAGUUGUCCCUGCUCCCCUUAAGCAUGCUACUGUAGUAUCCAUCCUAAAAAGCCAUCCCUCAACCUGUCUUUCCCUUCCAACUAUCGUCCCAUAUGCCUGCUUCCUUUUUCCUUAAAGCUUCUAGAAAGACUUGUAUCUACUCGUAUGAUUCACUUAAAUUCCAACUCCUUUUUUGAUCCUCUUCAAUAUGGCUUCCACCCCCUUCAUUCUACUGAGACUGCUCUUAUUAAAGUUACAAAGAACCUAAUCACAGCUAAAUCCAAAGACCUCAACUCCAUACUAAUUAUUUUUUACCUCUUUUCUGCCUUUGACACUGUUGCUCAUGUCCUCCUUCUCCAAACUCUUCAAUCCCUCGGUCUAUGUGACACUAUCCUCUUGUGGUUCUCCUCCUAUCUCUCAAUGUUCAUUCAGUGUCUCCUUUUGCAAUGACACCUCCUUCCCUCGUCCUGUUUUGGUUGGAGUCCCUAAUGAUCUGUUUUUGGUCCCCUUCUCUCUUCUCUUUAUACUGCCUCUCUUAGCAAACUCAUUAAGUCCUUUGGAUUCCACUACCAUCUGUAUGCUGACGACACCCAGAUAUAUCACUCCUCCCCUGAUCUUUCCCCCACAGUCCUACAACAUGUCACUGCUGACCUUUUUUCAAUCUUUGACUGGAUGUUCUCCAAAAACUCGAUCUCUCUAAAACUGAGCUUCUUAUUUUUUCCCUUUACUUUCCCUGCAAGUUGAUGGUAUUUGCAUUAAUCUGUCUUUGGAAGCUCAUUAUCUUGGUGUUAUCUUUGAUUCUGGCCUCACCUUUGUGCCUCAUAUCCAUUAUGUUGCAAAAACCUGUUUAUUCCACUUUAAAAACAUUGCCCGCAUCCACCCCUUUCUCACACAAGAUGCAGUCAAGGAGCUUGUUCGUGCUCUGAUAAACUCUUGCAUGGAUUAUGGAUUACUGUAAUUCUCUCCUAGAUGGUCUCCCCAGAAGCAAAAAUGCCCCGCUACAAUUAGUAAUGAAUGCUGCUGCCAGGCUGAUUUUUCUCACCUGUUGCUCCUCCCAUACCACAGACUUCCUGUAUCCAAUUCAAAAUACUAACCCUAACCUAUAAAGCGCCUGCUACAUUUCUUCACUGAUUCAUAGAUAUGCCCCUUCUUGAUCUCUCUGAUCUGCUGGUGACCUUCUCCUGUCCACUGCUCGCUGCUAACUCGCGCUUGCAGGACUUCUUGUGAGUGGCUCCCUUUCUUUUAUAGAUUAUUGUACAUUAUGACAAAUUGCAUUGUAUGAUAAACUAUAUUUUGGAUUACAUGGUGUUACCUGUUAUGGGAAUACAAUAAGCAGAUUUGUCACCUUUUUCAAAAAGCUUUGCAUUAACUAUGUAUAGGUACAGCUUAGUAUUUACAAAAAUAUAUCUAAUGGCUUAUAUGGGUGUCUAUCCUUUUGCCUUUAUAUCCAAACGGAGUGAAUUUUAUUAAUAAACAUUUGUGCACUUUAUUUUGGUGUUUUUACUUAGCGUAUAUACUUAUGUUUGGUGGUGGUACUUAUAUUUUAUUCUUAGUACAAUUGUACUUAUAGUGUGCUAUUAGGAGUAUGUUUCUUUUCCCCAUUUUCUUGUUUAGUUCCCCUUACUGUUAUUGGGGUUGUAAAUAAGGGAGUUUAUAUUGAUUGCAGUAUGCAGGCGCGCUCUACAGGAUGAGGGGCACAUGCUCAUUACAAUCCAUUACUUGGAUUUUCACUCUGGCAUUUAAGCGAGCAUUACCAGUAGGUAGUGCUUGAUCUAUUAUCUUUUUUGCACACGCGCGCAUUGGCGGCUUGUAGAACUAUGGGCAUUUCCAGAAAGGAACAUAGUGAAGGUGCACGGUAGCGAUUUGGAGUGCGCAUGUGCGAGUUUACUUGCAAGCAUAUGGAUAAGAUUGUGAUGUGAAUUAUAAAUAUAUCUUAAUUCCAUUUUGUAUGUCUAUGUAUAAUACUGCAAUUAUAGGUAUACUUUUGUUUAUAUGUUUUGUGGACUAUGUGAUUACAGACCGAUGCCGGAAGUGAUUACGUCACUUCCGAGGUUGGCUCUGUGUGAUUACUGAUGGCCAUCAGCUGUAUGGGGGAAAUAUAAGUAGACACAGGUAAGCUGUGAUAAAAACACCCUUGAAAAAGGGUGAAUACACCACCAGUCCUUUCAAGAAAAAUAACAUGUGGACAAAGUAUACCAUCUAUUUUAAUUGCAGUUUCUUCUUAAUAUCAGCAUUAUGAUAUUGAUUAAUGGAACAUUGUAACAGAAUCUACAAAAUAAUAAAUUAAAAGAUUUGAGGAUAAAUACCUGAUUUAAAAGGUAUCUCCAGUUGAUCUCCAGUUCAGCAAAGUUAAAUAUUUUUUCUUUACAACUGCUGUUUAUUGAUGGGCUCUUUAUCUUUGUCAGGGAAAAGACCGGAAUAAUAUACAAGGUUUCCAAAUUAGAUUAUAUCGAGCGCUCAGGAAAUCAGACUUGCGGACACAGGUUGUCAGUGUAAGUUGAUUUCUACAGUGUAACGGGAAAGCAAAGAUUUUUACGUAAAAAGAGGACAGUGUCUAUGUAAUUAAUAACAGGUGACCAAAAGCAUAACGUAACAGCUAGCGUAUUCUUCUUAUCUAUGAACAUGGAGGCGUUGCGGUCAGAGUGUUCUAAACACUAUUCCAUGAAUAAUAAAUUGCAGUUUAACUGAAAGUUCUAAGACUAAUACUAUACAGUGUUCAUCAGAAAAAUAUAUGUUUCAGUAAGUAGUCCAUACAUAAAUCAAAUCCAUAGAGAUCAGUGUUUUACAUGUCUCCAGUUCUACUCUUGAUCCAAAUCUGGAUGGAACAAAAAUAAUUUGAAGCUGUUUCCAAUUAUGCCACAAAAAGGGUAAAAAAUAUUCUCAUCACCAAUCUCAGAUGUGUUACUGAAACAUCAAGCUGUUAAUACCCUAUAAAUGCACUAUUAUAAAUGUGAAUAUUCUGCUUUACAAAUAAAAAUAAAAAUAUGAAACUAAUUUUUUUAAAGAUAAAUAAUUAUACUGAAUUUGAUUUAAAAAAAAGUCUGGACAAGGAAUUCUAUAUAUACCAAUCCAAAGUUGCCCCCCUUACACGGAGGGAUGUGUGUAACAAUAAGUGCUUAAACGUGAAUAAAAACAGUUAAAAGCAGCUCUAUACACUUAUGUGAAAAUAUCCUCUUUUCCACAAAAUGAUAAUGUGAAAUACAGUCCGGUAUAAGUGGCAAAGAUCUACACCUGUAAGUGGAGCGCUAAAGCUUACCAAGCGUAACUUGAUUCAGUAGUAUAUACAUGCCAAAAUUUUGGUAGCACCACCCUUAAAAUGGCCAAUACGCGUUUCACUCUUAAUAGAGCUUCCUCAAUCAGCUGUCAGAGUGAAAUGCGUAUUGGCCAUUUUAAAGGACUAUUUUAAAGGACUGUUUUAUCUUUUUAUUUGUAUCUGUCAUUGUACAUCAAUAAAUUUGUUAUUUUACUCAAGAUAUCCUGCUCGAGUCCUUUCUUGAAGCCUCCAGGAAUCUCCACAUGGGCAGUGCCAUCCCUCUUUAAAUUGGCAUUAUACCUAUACACCGCAGAGCCAGGACCUAUAGGCUCAGGACCAGGUGAGCACCACAUUUACUAUUUUACACUCGUUUUCUUUAUUGCUACAGUCUGCACAUUGGUUCGCUCUCCCUUUAUGUUUUAUCUAUGAGAACUACUCCAAGCUGAAGCAGAAGGGUGGUGCUACCAAAAUAAGCACACAGGCCUAAGUAUGGAGCCAGUAUCUACACACAGGCUCCUUAAAAUGUGAGUGUUCUGUCUGCCAUAUCAUUCACUGGAUUGCAUUUUUAAAAUACCAUCUGCACUUUUGUUUUUUUAUACCUUUUGGCAUGUACUGCUUACCAUACUACUGAAUCAAGUUACGCUUGGUAAGCUUUAUAUCUGUUUUAGCGCUCCACUUACAGGUGUAGGUCUUUGCCACUUAUACAGCACUGUAUUUCAAGGAAUUGUAUAUAUUUAGUCUCUAUACUACAAGUAAUUUGUCCUUGUGUUUUAUGCCAAUUUGCCUUUCUCAAAAACUUACAGAAUUAUUCAUUAAAGUAAGAAUUGAAAGAAAACUUUCAAUUUAAGGUUAAACAAGCCAUAGUAGAAAAUAAUCUUUAGGUCAGGUAUGUUUGAAUUUGAAAUUUAAGACCAGAGUAGUUGAACUAAGGUAUGAGUUCUCACUUUAUUGAAAGAGCCUGUUAAUCAAUUUCCUCUUAAUCAAUUUAUUUUUACAGUCCUGUGACCAGAUUACCGGAGAACUGUUUGCACUUUCCUUAUAUAUAAUAGUUCAAUGCUAUCAUAUCCUAGCCCUUUAAAUCAGCUCACUGACAAGGAAUAUUAUCACAUUAGACUACAUCAACAUUGUUCUUACAUUAACACUGAACAUUUAUAUGAGGAAUUCUAUAUUCUAUAUUUUAUGGGUAUAAUAUGGGUAUACUUUUGGAGAACUUACAAUGAUAAUUUCCUUGAAAUUCAUGUUUCAAGGCAGAGGUUCUUAGCAAUAUGCAUUCCUAUAAGCACUGCUUUCUGUGUACAGAGUAUGUCCUUAUAUUCAUUUAAAAAAGUGUAGAUCUUAGAGGAAAAUUGGCACUUUUAUAAAUGAAUCUUUUGCUAUGUCUUCUCCCCUUUGCUUUUCAAUCAAGAUACUAGAUCAAGAAACUUCCUGUAGUAAAGCUAAGUUGGGCUUAAACUCAAGAGGCAGCAAUUAUACAGAACACCUGCUUCACAAAGACAUCUCAUUGAGCUGCUUUGGAAAGUCAGUGAUUGGUCAGCCACAAAUGGGUUUGAAAGGUAGGGCUCCUGAUUCCAGAAGCAGAUGGUCUCUUAUUUCUGUCUAGAGCAGUGAUAAACUAAUUUGCUUAAUUAUUAAGGCUUCUGCUCAAUGGUGAAUUUACUAUAUUUAGUGGUGACAUUACUAUAUUUAGUGGUGACAUUACUAUAGAGCAGAAUGUCUGUUACCUUUUUAUCCACCUGUUACAUGCUCCAAUCUCUCUCAGGAAAACAUGGAAAUGAUCAUCUAACUAAAUGUAGGAGGAUGGAAACUGAACAAGUAUUCUCAUUUUUUCAAACUUAACAUUUGUUUGUAAUUAUUCGCCAUAAAAAAUAAAAAUUAAAAAAUAAUAGGAAAAAUAACAUAACUAGAAUUUAUGAAUAUAAAAGAAAUGAAUAUUAAUACAACUGUGAGUGCACAGACAACCUUCUAUGUGACCAGUUACAUGGUUAAAUAGUCUGUAAAAUACAUCACUUUAUACAAAAAAAAUACAUAAUUUAAUGCAAUUUAGUAUUGUUCUACUUGAGAUAUUUCCUUACUGCGUUCUUAAUAUCGUUGUUCCUUAGACAGUAAAUAAUUGGAUUGAAAAGUGGAGUUCCCACUGUAUAUAAGAGAGAUAUAGACUUAUUAAUAUUGAAUGCCGAAUUAUUAGAAGGAGCCAUGUAUAUUGUUAUUAGAGUUCCAUAGUAUAUACUCACUACGAUCAAGUGAGAGCUGCAGGUGGAGAAAGACUUCAGUUUUCCACUGCUGGUGGAAAUUCUGGAGAUCGUUAUAAAAAUAGAAAUAUAUGUGUAAAAGAUGAAAGACAAGGGGAGAAAUACAAGUGGUAUAAAUAAUACAAUAUCUGUAAUUUUUACAAUGGUGGAAUUUGAACAAGACAAUUGCAGAAGAGGGGUAAAAUCACAGAAAUAAUGGUUGAUUAUGUGAGGUCCACAGAACACUAGCUGAUGUAUUAGAGAAGCAAUGAGUAUUGACACUGUACAUGAUAAAAUCCAAGACCAAACGGCUAAAUAAAGACAAAGCCAGAUAUCCAUGAUGGAAGUGUAAUGUAAUGGUUUGCAUAUAGCGAGAUAUCGGUCGUAGGACAUCACUGUAAGGAAAAGGGUCUCUGCGGCAGAUGAUAGACAGUGAAAAUACAACUGUGUAAUGCAGCCAGUAAGAGAUAUUGUACUUUCUACAUGUAAAAUAGCAUGGAGCAUAUUAGGAGUUAUAUUGGUAGUGACCAAGAUAUCGGAUGCGGAUAAGUGACUAAGGAAGAAAUACAUGGGAGAUUUCAGAAUCGGGACUGUUGCCACCAGUGAGAUGAUAAGAAAAUUUAAAGCUAAUGUAAAAAAGUAGAUAACAAGAAUUGCAAUAAAUAAUAUAGUGUUAAAAAGUGGAGGGUUCUGAAAUCCCAAAAGGAGGAAUUCUGUCACCAUUGUCUGGUUUAUUUCCAUGAUCAUCUACAAACAAAAAGAACAAAUAAAAAUCAGUUUUAACAUUAUUAUCUAAGUCUGUAAUAACAUUUCUUAGUGCUUUAAUAAAACAAAAACUGCAUGUGAUAUCUAAUGGGAUAAAAGUGUCCCUCUCUCAAAAAUGUGAACAAAUAUAAUUACUCAAUAAACUGUAAAUUGUAGUUAAUUAAAUCUGGCAAAAAUCUUACUGUAAAGUUAUGCUUAAUUAAAGUAAAAAUAUAGCAGAAUAUUUAUUUGAAACAGAUGAUUAAUAGUCAACACAUUGUGUGUUGACUUGAUAAACUAUUCUUACAGAAAUUGAGAUUUGUUCAAACUUGGACAAUUCUUGUGCAAAAUGUUAUAGUUGUUUCUGAUGUAAGAACAUUGUUUCUUAGUAGAUAGACCUUGCUAUACAUGGAUCAGCCACAACAUUAAAACCAUUGACAGGUGAAGGGAAUAACACUGAUUUCUGUGUUACAACCUGUCAAGGGCUAGGAUAUGUUAAGCAGCAAGCAAACAAUCAGUGAGAUUCAAGUAUUGGAAAAAUUGGCAAAGGAAAAAGUCCUAGUGACUUUUGCAAGUCCCAAAUAGUGAUGGCUAGAUGACUAAGUCAGAGCAUCUCUAAAAUAAAGUCUUGAAUGGUGAUCCUUGUAUGCAGUGGUUAUUAUAUACCAAAAAUGGUACAAGAAAGGACAAAUAGUGAACCAGCAUCACUGUCAUGGGUGCCCAAGGGUAAAUGAUACAUGUGAGGAGCAAAGGCUAGGCCAUCUGGUCUGCUCACACACGAGAGUUACAAUAGCUCAAAUUGCUGAUUAACCAAAUAAUGGCUAUGAUAAAAUUGUGCUUCACAGUUUGUUACAUGUGGGGUUGCAUAGCUGCUGAUGGGUCACAGUGCCCAUUAUGACCCUUGUCCAGUGCCAAAAGAACCUCAAAAGCACCGGGGGGGACGUGAGCAUCAGAACUGGACCAUGGAGCAAUGGAAGAAGAUUUCCUGUCUGACGAAUAAUGUUUUAGUUUAGAUAAGGUGGAUCGCUGGGUGCAUGUAUGUUGUUUACCUGGAGAAGAAAAGGCAGCAGGAUGCACUGUGAAAGGAAGGCAGGCUGGUGGAGGAGGUCUUAUGCUUUUGGCAACGUUCUGCUGGUAAACUUUGCAUCCGAGCAUUCGUAUGGAUGUUAUUUUGGAUGUUAUUUUGUUGGCCUUGGUCUCUUUCAGCAGGUUAAUGCACACUGCCACUAUGCAAAAAUUGUUCAGAAAUGGUUUGAGGAACAUGACAAAGAGUCCAAGGUGUUGCCUUGGCUUCCAGAUCUUAAUCUAAUUGAGCAAACUGAUCCAUGGAGGUCCUACCUUGCAACUUGCAGGAGUUAAAAGACUGCUGCUAAUGUCUUGGUGCCAGAUACCACAGGACAUAUUCAGAGUUGUUGUGGAGUCCAUUCCUCUACUCAUCAGUUCUGUUUUGGCAGCACGAGGAGCACCUUCACAGUAUUAGGCAGGUAACAUUAAUGUUGUGGCUGACCAGUAUUAUUCACAUAAAUUUAAAGUGAACAAUAUAUGUAUUUAACCCUCAUUACCAUCAGUGGACUUGUUUUCAUGGUUGUUUUUUUUUUUUUUUUUAAAUAGUUGUUAAGCAUUGCUAAUAUCAACAGCCAAUACAUAAUAUAGUUUUUAAUAAACAAAAUAUUUUUGUGGUUCAGUCCUAUACUUGUACACCACUGCAUUCCAAUGGUAACAGUACAUACAAAUACACCCCUACAUGCAUACACCCAUGCUAUACAAAAACAUGGUUACAUUCAAAUGUACAAACACUGUUCACAAAUACAACCCUACAAGGAUGGCCAAAUGGUAGAUCCCCAGCUGACAUAGCAUUGUGGAAGUUAAAUGAAAAAUGGGGAUCUAUCAUUUCUCCACUCUUGCGCUAGAGGCGGACCUAAAACCUAACAUUUUCUUGCUACAGGGUCCUUUUUACAUAAGUGCCUGUGUUCUGCCACUGAGCAGGUUUGGAGGGCAUAAUUGCAUGCCAGGGAGUGUGGGGGGAGGGCAGGGUCCAGAGGGCCCUAAUAAAAUAUAUGAAAACCACUUGCAAAAGCUGCAGUUCUCUUGUCUGCAGCCUUUUCAAGCCCACCCCUUGUUAACCCAACCAAACUUGUGGACAUGUGGUUCUUCAAUUCUAAAUGCAGCUCAAUGAGAAGUCAUUGCAAUUGUCUGUCUCUUGAGGUUAGUUCUUCUAAAAUAAACUACCAGGAAGUAACAGAACCAGUUGUCUUACUGACAGCCAAGAGGAUGUAACAAGGUUCAUUUAUAAAAGUGCCAAAUUCUACUAUCUGCACUUUAUAAAAAAAUAAAACAAGAGAACACGCUCUUCCCACAUAAAGCACAUUAGCAAUUUUUGACAAUCUUUAUUUUUAGUUUUUCUGUUAGUAAAUAUUAAACAGUGAAAUUUGCAUAACAUUAUGAAUGUGACAUAUUGUACAAGGAAAGUCUGGCAUUGUUUGAAGAAGACAAUAAUCAAUCGUACAAAGUCAACAAAGUUGCAUGAACAAAGUUGGGUCCAUCAUGUACUCUCUAUUUGGAUACAAUCAGUAAAAAGAUUCAUCCCUAUCGAAACAAUAACCCAUAAUGACUGAGUGAGAGGACUUCUGACUUCAGUGACCAUUAAUGGUUAUAGAUGUCUCCUGUGCAUGUACUGCCUCUGCACUCGUUUCCCAUUAAGCCAUUUUCCAUUUCUCUUCAUUCCUCUCCUCCCCAACUGUCAUUAUUUAAUGUGCAAUACAUACCCUUUCCUUUUUUUUCUUUUUUGUUCUCCCACCCCACUUUUUUGUUCUUUAUUUUUCCUAUUUUCCUCUUUUCUCUGACUGCACCGUACUUCAGUUUGUUUAUUGCGUCCACAUAAUAUUUACAUUAAUAUCCCAAUAUAAAAAUUAGUUAACUGCAGUAAGCAAUUUGAUCUUAAUGAUUCACAACCUCAACAAGGUAAACAAAGUUAUAAUAUCCAGCUAAUAUGACCUAGGAAAAAAUAACCACUACAUCUAUUUAUUCCACAAUCCGUGCCCACCAAUCACUGGAUCUGACACUAUGAGCGCAGGCAGCGACGUGAGGUCCAAGGUGGAAUUAUUUGUGUUUCUCUCUUUUAAAGCUGUUUAGACUAGUAGCCAUGCAGGUGUGCUUGUUGCUUACUCUAAUUAGCAGAUAAAUAUUGGAUGUUGCUCAGUGAUUUCAAGGACCACACAUUCUGAUGAACUAGGACUGGUGUACAGAUUCCAGGGUGAUCUAAUCUAAUAUUAUGUGAAAUAAUCUUUAAUCUAGACACUUACAUAGAUAAACACUGAACCUCUAUUAUAAUAUCAACAUGUUAUAUAAAUAUAUAUUUAUAUUGUUAUUAAGUACUUUGUUUUUGUGCUAUUGUUUAUGUGCAGCAGUUUCUGUGUUUUUAAGAUUGUUGCUGUUAAGUCUGAAGAUUGCCAGGAUCGCUGUUGCUGGUUUUGACUUUAACAUUUACAAUUAUCUACUGUCAACUCACAAUAGUAAAUAGAUAUUAAGAAAAAAAAAAAUUACAAAACAAACUUUGUUUCUGACAUUUGUUUCAAUUUCCAUAUCAUUUUCAAAUAAAUACCCAUGGUUAAAAUUUGAUGAACUUACCAUUUAUUUAAGUGGAUCAAAUAAUAAUAAUACAUCAAAGCUGUUUAAAAAAAAAUAAAAAAUUGUAUUAAUAUCUCACAGGUUUCAUGAACCCAGAGCAGCUUUAUAACAAUGUGCCAAUAUGUCCAACAUAGACUUUAUACCCUCUGUAAGAUAGGUAUGAUGUCAUUUUGCUUUGGGACAAAGGGGACUGGUAUUGUACAGAGAGACAGGAUGGACCCUUGUGUACAUGAAAAUAAAGAUACUGAAUGUUAUCUUCACUUUUAAGUAAUUUGCUACAUAAUUAAUGACUAAAUGAAGCACUGUUUACCUAUAAUAUAUUAGUUUUAUUGAUAAUAUAUUAUUUUAUCCAUUGCACUUUAUGAGUGCCCUUAACCCCUUAAGGACACAUGACAUGUGUGGCAUGUCACGAUUCCCUUUUAUUCCAGAAGUUUGGUCCAUAAGGGGUUAAUGGGACACUAUAGUCACCUGAACAACUUCUAGAACAAGUCUAUUACAGUUCUUCGGUAUGCGAUUGACUCCAUGGGAAGGCUAUCUGGGGUAAGUUCAUUCGUGCCUUUAAACCUCUCGAACGGCCGGUAUUCGCAUACUUUUGUCGAUUGAGAAGGGGACGUCAACGGCUUCAGUGGUGUUCGGUUGAAAAAGUGUCCGUUUUUAGUUCCAGAAAAUAACCGUCGAACACCGCUGGUCUUUCGCAUAGUAAAAAUGGCCGCUGCCUCGUGGUCGACAUACGAACGAUGACCACCCUGUAUUCGGUUUUAAUUGAGAAGUGUCUGUGGUUAACCGCAAUGUUCUAAUUGGGAUCAAUAGGUUAACCAGCAGCACACUUCUCUUCUGGGUGGCCGUCCAUUCGGUAGUUCCGUUCGACAAAAAAAAUACAUUCCCUUAAACAAGGCAUACGAAUGGGGAAAUUCAUACAAAUGGCAAAACAGACAAACACAGCAAUUCUAGUUCAUACGGAUUGGUCUGUCACACGGCUCCCCCCUUGUGGAACACUCCGGCAGACCCAGCUUGACCCUUUGGUGGGUCAACUUGGGGAUGACCGGACUAGGAAGGAGUAGGGACGUCUGUUUGCCGGGAUAACCCAUCCGCAUUCCCAUUCUGCUUACCGGGUCGGUAGCUGAUAGUGAAGUUGUAGGGCUGCAGUGCCAAACUCCACCUCAGCAGUCUGCCAUUGUCUCCUGAGACCCGGUUAAGCCAGACAAGGGGAUUGGGGUCUGUUAUAAGGGAAAACUCCUGCCCGUACAAAUAGGGGCUCAACUUCUUCAGUGCCCAUACCAGGGCUAAACACUCUUUCUCCACUGCCGCAUAACUCACUUCCCGGGGUAGUAACUUUCUGCUUAAGUAUGCGACAGGGUGCUCUCCUCCAUCUUCCCCGACCUGGCUCAGCACAGCCCCCAGUCCAUACAUGGAAGCAUCUGUAUGAACAAGAAAAUGUUUGUUAGGGACUGGGGCAGCCAGGACAGGGGCAUUCACAAGAGCUUGCUUCAAUGCCUGAAACACGGCUUCACAAGCUGGAGACCACAGGACCUGCUUAGGUAAAUUUUUCUUAGUCAGGUCAGUCAAGGGCUUGGCAACCGUACUGUAGUCGGGGACAAAACGUCGGUAAUACCCUGCCAUCCCCAGGAAGGCCAGCACUUGGGUCUUGGUGAUAGGUGUGGGCCAGUUAGCUACAGCCUCUACCUUGGCUGGCUCUGGUCGCUGGCUCCCACAUCCUACUCUGUGACCCAAGUACUGCACUUCUGCCAUGCCUAAAUGGCACUUGUCUGGUUUCAAGGUCAGGCCUGCGGCCCGAAUCUUGUCCAGCACCACCCCCCAUGUGUACUAGGUGUUCUUCCCAGGACUCACUGUAGACCACAAUGUCAUCCAGGUAUGCACAUGCAAAUUCCUGGAAGCCAUCGAGGAGCCUAUCCACCGUACGCUGGAAGGUAGCCGGAGCAUUCUUCAUCCCAAAUGGCAUGACCUUAAACUGGUACAGACCAAAUGGAGUGACGAAUGCCGACUUGGGGAUAGCAUCCUCGGCCAGGGGAAUCUGCCAAUAACCUUUACACAGGUCAGUGGUGGUCAGAUAGCGCCCCCUGGCAAUGCGGUCUAAUAACUCGUCUACCCGGGGCAUCGGGUAAGCGUCAGUGGUGGUCCGCUCGUUAAGUCACCUGUAGUCCACACAGAACCGGGUGGUCCCAUCCUUCUUAGGCACCAGGACUACAGGGGAGGACCAAGGGCUGUCUGAAUGCCCGAUAACCCCCAGCCUGGUCAUCUCCUGUAUCUCCUUCCGCAUUCCUUCUCGGACUGCUUCAGGGAUACGGUAUGGGGGUUGUCGUAGGGGGUUCUGUCCGGGUGUCUCGACCUUGUGCACAGCUAGGGUAGUGUACCCGGGUUCUUGGGAGAACGUUGCCUGCUUCUCCCACAAAAGCUGUCUUGCCUGUACCUUCUCUGCAGGGUUCAACCGGUCCCCUAGCUGUACAAGACUAGUAAAAUAUAUAAAACACAACAUAGUGCACAUCAGAUAAUAACUUUAUAAGUACCUAUAAGUACCUUAAAAACAGUGGUGAACUAAUGUAGAGAGGGAAACUGGUGCAAUCAUUUUUUUUGGGGACCCCUUAUAGCAAUGGUGGCCAAUUGUAGAUCUCCAUUUGUUUUACAACUUCAACAAUGCUAUGCCAGCUGGGGAUCUACAAUUUCCCAUCCUUGCAGUGUUGUAUUUCGCACUGAGCAGUGUUUGUGUGUUUGAAUGUAAGCAUGUUUUUGUAUUGAGCAUGUGGGUGUGAAUUUAGGGGUGUUUGUAUUCAGUGUUGGCAUUUUAAUACAGGCAUGUAUUUGUUUGUAGUGUUGUUUUUUGAAUGCAGGGGUUUGUUUAUAUAUAAUGUUGGUGUUUUAAUACAGAAUUGUGUUUGUAUGUAAUGUUGAUGUUUGGAAGCAGAGCCGGUCCAAAAUAUUUUGUGGUAGAGGAUGCAGUGUAUUUUUAGUGGAUGCAGAGUAUGUGUGUAUAUAGUGGAUGCAGAGUGUGGGUGCAUAGUGGAUGCGGUGUGUGUGUGUGUAUAUAGUGGAUGCAGAGUUUGUGGGUUUAGUGGAUGCAGAUUGUGUGUGCAUAGUGGAUGCAGCGUGUGUAUAUAGUGGAUGCAGAGUGUGUGGGUAUAGUGGAUGUAGAGUGUGUGCAUGUAUAGUGGAUGCAGAGUGUGUGUAUAUAGUGGAUGCAGAGUGUGUGUAUAGUGGAUGCAGAGUGUGUGCGUAUAGUGGAUGCAUAGUGUGUAUGUGUAUAUAGUGGAUGCAGAGUGUGUAUAUGUAUACAGUGGAUGCAGAUUGUGUGGGUAUAGUGAAUGCAAAUUGUGUGUGUGUAUAUAGUGGAUGCAGAUAGUGUGUGUAUAGUGGAUGCACAGUGUGUGUGUGUAUAGUGGAUGCAGAGUGUGUGGGUAUAGUGGAUGCUGAGUGUGUGUGUGUGUGUGUGUGUGUGUAUAGUGGAUGCAGAGUGUGUGGGUAUAGUGAAUGCAGAGGAUGUGGAUAUAGUGUGUGUGUGUGUGUGUGUGUAUAGUGAUAUAGAUCCAAAUAUUGAUCUUUGUUAUAUUCAGAGGAAGCCCAAAUUAUUAUUAGAAGUACACUUGUAGGAGCGUGAAUUAGACACCAUACACCUGUUGGUAUUCAAAAUAAGCCUCUGUCACUUUAUUCGUCAGCUGGGUUUUAUACAUUAAAAAGUAAGUGCUUACGGGCAAAUACUCAUAGGACGGUAGUAAGAAGGGAGUGAAAGGGUAAAAGGAGUACAGAUAAGACAUAGGGAUGAACGUCAUGUACAUAUAACAAAUAAGUUUAGAGAAAGAGAAAGAACAGAAUGAUUUGAGAAGAGACAUCUCAGGUGGGGGCUAUCUGCUCCCGGAACCAGACAUAUAUGGUCUUAAGUGUUGUUUUAAGCAUCAAGCAUUUCCUGAGUCCAAGUUAGCCAAUUUUAAUAUUGGAUAUCAUUAUAUGACACCUAUAAGUUUGAGCCUUGGAAUCAAGAUAAAUUCUAUCACAAUCCCCUCUUUUGAUACAAGGGUCACUCAAAGGUCCAAGGUAUUUCCAGGCCUGCUAGCCAAAGCCUGUGGGGCUUUCAUUUAUUUCUUCACCAUAGUUCCCUUGGACUGAGAGACUACCAGAAUCAGCGGAGGAGAGUUCCUUCAUUUGUUAGGCGAGGUAACAUCGUAAAACCCUUCCGAAGUCGGAGUUGGAAUGCAAGUUAAGGUACGACCAACAGCAGGUUUGUUUUUACAUAGAGAGGUUAGUAGACAUGAGAAAAAUCUAAAGGUUAGAAAAAUGGCCAUAAUGACAAAUAUAGCUAAUAGCAAAAAGUACAACAUUUUCUUAUAUAAUUAGUAAAGUCAACCAUGUUCCUAGCCCAAAUAUCCAAUCCCAAUACCCAAAGAGUAUCCUGUUUGAUAACCUGUACUAAGUCAUGUAAAUCUUUUAUAUGUUUAUGGAUCAUAGUGCCCUGGUCAGAUAGGUUAAAACAGCACAUUACUUCAAUAGCUUCACAGCCUAAGUCAUAUUUCUUAGUGUGACAAACUGACAAAUUUUUCCUGUCCUAUUGUUUUCCAGCAGGGCGUUGUCCCAGGGACACUGCCAGAUCAGUUGAAACUGUCUGAUUUGUCCCUCCUCAAUCUCUCAUCAGCCCUUGCUGGCGCUUUUCGGACAUAUUGAGCGCUCAGAUCCAAGCUAUCUGGGGAUAUGUUGGACAUAUAGGUUAAACAUUGUAUUAUAAAAGUUAUGUAUUUUUAUGUGGUUUUUGUAACAGUUUUUACUUAGAGAUAUUUCCUGUACCUGGAGAUAAUUAAGUUACCACAGCCACUUAAGCCAAUUAUUUCCAGGAUAGAGGAGAAUAUAGACCGGCCGCACAGCUAAAUCUGUGGAACUCUUUUAGGCAUGAAAACCAUGCUUGCGGUCGGUCAUAUGUGACUUCCACAAAACUUUUGAACCACUGCUCUGAUCUUCGGGAUUUUUGUAUAUGUUGUUCACCCAGAUCAGGGCUAUCCAGGGAUGUGGGUAUAUGUGGUAUUUUGGGGUGUUUUCUGUGAAAAAUGUGUGUUUUCUGACUGUGGGUAAUUGAGUUAGUCCAUUGUGUUUGUUAAUUAUUUCACAGGCAGAGGGGUGGGUUUGUGUACAUUACCUGUGAGUGUCUAUCUAUACAAACCUGUUUUGAUUGGCUUUGUAACUUUGUGUCCUGUGCCCCACAAGGUCCACAUGGGUGGUAACCUUGUGGGAAAACUUGUAUAAAAGAGACAAUAAAGCCUCAGUUCAUUCUGUUCCUGCUUAACCCUCAAUAAGUAGCCUUGUCGCAUUAUUGUAGGGAACUUCUAUAUUCACAGUGGGGAUUGCUAUACUUUGUAUACUCCCCUGAGCUCUAAUCACUUAGCUCUUUACAGAGCUGUUCCUGAUACGCUCUCCUGUAGGAGAGGUCUUUCCCACACGGUCCGGGAGGACAGAGGCUGAUCCAGGGUGGAAGGAAGACGGCGAGACUCCAGUUAAGCUAUGGUGGUUGUGGAUUCUGCGGUGGUUGUGGUGUCCGGUGCUUAUGGUCCUCGGCGUCAGCUAGGAAGCGUCCGUCAACAGAGGUGCCCAGUCGGGGUGCCAGGUGAUUCAUUACAGUGGUGGCAGCAGUGGGAUAGCUUCCCUAGUGCGAAGAGCAGCAUCCUGGGGUCACCAAGCAAACAUGACAAGUCACUAUGAGGACGACGCUUUCAUUGAGGAAGUGAAGAGGCAGCUAGCCAGGUAUGGCCCAGAUCGUCCACUUUUGAUAAUCAACCUAAUCAUGCAAGAGUUGUAUGAGGAGAACAGAGCGGCGUGGUGCCUCGAGCUCGAGUUGUGCAGACUUUGACUGUGGAUACCCGAUCCUCCUCCCCAGCGGCAGUGUAUCUUACAGGGAGUGGAGACAACCGGUCCCCCUCCCCAGCGGCAGGGUAAGUUACAGGGAGAGGAGACAACCGGUCUCACUUCCCAGCAGUAGUGUAUCCUGCAGGGAAGAGAGCAUAUUACCCUCUCUCCCCAGCGGCAGUUUACCCUACAGAGGGUGCAGAUGGAACUGUGGUCUCUGCAACCGAUUUUCAGAUCCCCAACUAACCUUGCAGGGAUACCAGGAGGAGGAGGUAAGUGAUAUCUCCCCUCCAUGGCCAAGUUCCAGCUAGGCUCUGGGGUUAGUGGAAUUGACUACCAUACCCACUAACCCCCUUCCAGCAGAAGAGCUGGCAUCAGGGCAGAGCACUGCUGCCCUUUGCCCUCCCCUUCCCCUUGGCACAGGGCCUGACUACCUGCAGGCCACCCCAGCAGAAGCGCUGGCAUCGGGGCAGCUUGGGGGGCAGCUGGCCUCUGCCCCCCAAGAACCCACAUUGUGCUGCUCAGUUGCACCAGAGAGAUCAAGGGUGCUGUACCCCCACUCAGCAACCUGGGACAUACAGACCAGAGUCGGACACCAGGAAUCACCAGGUGCAGUAACCGUUUAUUGUGGAUGGGCUACUCUUUGAAUUGUUGAUUGUGGGUGGGUUGCUCGACUAACUCAAGCACUGACUGACAGAAGGUCAGGUUAGUCUCCCCCCAAAAGGGAAGAUAUGUGGUGAACUACCCUUUGCCACUGGCUUCUGGAGGGGCCUGAUUGCCAGCCUCCUGCCCCAAGACUAUGGGCCCUGCAUAAAGACAUGCUCAAAAGGGACUUCCAUGGGAAAAUGUGCCUCUUCCCUGUGACGAGACCAAUCUCGCCACUGUGCAUUGGAGGAGCCUGCUGCUUUUAGACUAUGGCCCCAUGUUGAAACGCUUAAUUUUCCCCUGCAAAGACAUGAAAGCCGGGUCAUUCAGUGCUUGCCCUGUUUGAGCAGUGAUACCCCAGAUAGCUAUGCCCAUUCGUAUAAUGAAAGACUAUGGGAAAGUCUUUGGCUCCAUGGCAAUUGAACUGUAUGUGUGUGGUCUGAGCACCAUUCAGUAAUAAUGUGUGCUCAGAUCUAAGCUAUCUGGGGAUAUGUUGCAUGUCUGUAUUUUAUGUCAUAAAUGUAACCGUGUGUAUUUUAUUGUAUUUUACUGUCUUUUUACUGCCAUGUGCUUAAUGGAGUUUGGCCUCUGUCCUUGGAGAUAAUUGGAUUACUUCCCAAUUAUCUCCAGGAUAGAAGACUCUGUGGAACUGGUUUUGGGCAGAAAAUCCAUGCUUCAUUUGGUCACAAAGGACUAUGAUCUAUCUUUUUAACCACUGGAUCAAUUUGUAUGAUUUUGACAUAUGUUUGUAUUUGGAGUAUGCUGAUUCUGAAAAUGUAAGUUUUAAAAACAUUCUUUAUUUUCAAUUUUUCAGAAGCAUUUUGCAACCGUGGUAUAUACAUUUGUCUUAUGAUAUAACAUGUUUGACAUCGUUAUGUGACUAGACAUUUUGUCUGGCCGGUUUCCAGCUUUACUGUUGCAUUGGUUGGUUAUUGAUAGGUCGCACAAUGGUAAAUCCAUAAUAUACAACGAAACUUAAAUACCGACGUAAAAACAUACAAACAUAUACAAUCAAGUAUAAACAUAGUCAGCCUUUGGUCUCAGUGGUUGGGUGUUAUGCUCACGGGAAGUUUUAGUGUUUCUCUGCUGGGGUUUUGGGUGUCUGCUGGGGUCUGUUGUGGGUUGGCCCCCCUAAGUUGCGGGUGUGGGCCCCUGUAGGGUCUCCCCUGUUUGUUUUGCUUUUGGGUUCCCCCCCUGGUCUCACCACCCUGUUAUGCUUCCGUUGGCCAUUUAUAGGGGCUGCGGCGUAGCGAGGUUCAGCGACAUCAGCGCCGGUUUGCUCAGCCACGGGUCCCAAAUUUUGUAAAAGUGGCGUGACGUUUCAUGAACUAGGGCUGAGAGUCUGUCCAUUUCAAUGGCUUCCCUGGUUUUGCGGAUGAUUGUGGAUAGAGUGGGGAGCUCCGGGGUGCCCCAGAGUUCUGCUAUCGCCCUCCUUGUUGCCAGAGCUGUUCUGUUUGCUAAUUUGUUUUGGGCUCUGGUUAAAGGUUCCCAGGGUCUGGAUAGGAGCCAUAUCCAUGGGUCUAAGGGUAUAUCUGUGUGGAGUAAGUUGGAGACCAGGCGGGCCACCUCUGCCCAUAGCGGUGCUAGUUUUGGGCAUUGCCACCAUUGGUGUAUGUAUGUUCCCCUUUGCCCACACCGUUUCCAGUAGAGGUCCGAGUCGGUCUUACUCAUUCGGUAUAGUCUUGCGGGGGUUAGAUACCAUCUUAGUAAAGUUUUGUAGGCCUGCUCUUUGUGGUUGACAGAUAGAGAUGGAUGCUGUGGCCUCCCAUAUGUCCUGCCAGUCAGUCGGGUCACCCGGUUGCCCCAGGUCCCUCUCCCAAGCUGCCACAUAUGCCAUCGCUCCUGGGGGGUGAGUAGAGAUGAGCAGGCUAUAGUUGUCAGUGAUCUGGCCCUUACGGGCUGGGUUGUGUAUGCAUGCUCGUUCAAAUGUUGUGCAUCUGGUGGUGGCUGCUGUCCUAUUAUCAGGGAGUUCCAGAAAGCUCUUUAGUUGUAUGUAUCUGAAAAAGUCAUGUGUGUUGUAUGGUGAGUGUUGUUGGGGAAGGUCUGUAUUGCAUUAGUUUUCCUCCCUCGAAGAAGUGGCAUAUUCUAUAAAGGUUGUUGUGUUCAUAGUGUGCAAAAUCAUUUGGGUUCAUUCCUGGGCUAAAUGCUUUAUUGCACAGUAUGGGUGUCAGUGGUGAUGGGUUGUUGAUGAUAGGGAAUUUUCGGGUAAGCUUGUCCCAGGUGCUGAUAGAAUUAGAAUGUCGGGGGUAUGGGCGGUGGUGUGGGCCGGGAGUUUCGUGGGACCCAUAGGUACAAUGAAGGGAGGUCGAAGCCAAAUAUGUUGUGUUCUAAGUCCACCCAGCGUUUCCUCCCCGGUGGGGUGUGUAGAUGUUGUAUCUGUGUGGCUUGCGUUGCGUGGUAAUAGUGUUGUAAGUGGGGUAGGCCCGGGCCUCCUGUCCUGUUGGGGAUGUACAUGGUCGCCCUUUUCACUCUCGGUCGUUUAUUCGACCAGAUGAAUUUGUCAAUGUGCGACU